GAAACCCCCUCUGUAUAUGUGUGUGUGUUGGAGAAGGGGGGAAUGUAUGGCUCAGGUUACCAUGCCAGGAAGAGGGCAAGAAGAGGGGGAACUGGAUGUUUGGUGUGGGGGGUGCAAGGCCCAAAAACAGCUACCAGUGUCUCCCACACGUGGGGGCGGGAGGUCUCAGCUGUGGCGAGGCCCGGAGUCCUGUCCUUCACAUUAUAACCUGCCGACGCCUGGACGUCCAACAUGGGGAAAGGGGUGAGUCCUCCUCUAAUUUAAACAACUUAAAGAGACAGACACUUUGACUUAUCCUUCUGUUAUUUAAUUAAGCUGUUCUCUGUUUUAAAUCAGCUGAUAGACUUGUGUAUGUACAGUAAGAGCAUAUGGUGUGGACACGCAUCGUGGAAAAACACUGCAUGCAUGCAGGGUUGGAUUUCUCACAGCAUCACAGUGCUGCUUCUUUUUUUUUCUUUUUUUACUCCAAAGACAGAAACAUCUCUGGAUGAUAGCUUUUCCCCUCAAUAAGUUUUGUUCCUAGCUUGCUGUUUACUUGCGUAAUUACGUAAUUUAGUUUUUAUUCUCUCCAUCAGGCCCAUUCCAUUUAGCUUUAUGGGAGGACAGGCUGGUAAUCUUCCUCACACACAGUGGGAAAGAAAUUGCUAUGCCAGACACAUUUCAGGCCCUCCACCGGCUCCGUGCUCCCUCUUUGGCUUUUUUUGAUUACUUUUUUUUUUUUUUCCACUGUGUCACUCGCUCGCGCUCUCCCCUCGUUCUCCCGACGUAUCCCUCACUCACUGACAUGCACACGUGCUGCUAAGAGGAGACUGACAGCAGCAGAUGAUUUCCAUGAUGCACCAUUCUUCCAACUGUUCCUGACACACACACACACAAACAACUCACACACACUCUUUCUCUAUCUCGCUCGCACAAAACGAGGAACCCACGCCAUGAGGGGGAAAUAUUUUCUCCUCCGUAUUCAGUGAAAGGUUUGCCAAUAGUGCCAGGAGAUUGAAAUGAACCAGCGUACACAAAGUCCAUUGUGCGCACACUGAUGUUGUAGUACAUGGCUAUGAAUGUAAAUGUGCGGGCACAAUGUGGCGACAAACGUGACUUCUUGCCUCCUGCUUUCUGUGGAGGGUUUACGGCGGUAGCAUCUGGGCCUGAUGGAGUGAAAACACACAUACUAGUCCUUAAAUCACAAGUGCAGACACCGGUAGGAGCUGAAGCGCUGAUUUAACUUCCUAGCUUGAAUAAAAGUUUAAAAAAGGCAGACUCUUCUGAAGGACAUCACCACCAGCUGUCUUUGUGCGAUGCUAACUAAACUCUUUCUCGUUUUUUUGAGGCCUCUUAAACCAAAACUGUUGCACCUGAAGCUGGUAGAUGUCUACGUUUUGUUGUUUUACACAGAAGAGAAAAUGGAUGACUGUUUAUUCUGACAAACAAACAGUAAAACAUGUAAAAGGGACUUCCAGCUGUAGCUCCUCUCUGACAGUAAAAACAGGGGGACUUUCGCUUGUUAUUCACCAUUAAGUAGAAAAUUAGCAAUAUGGUAGAUCUGCCUUUUGAACGGAUUGGAACAACAAAUAAAAACAACAUAUUUACCAAACUAAUUAUACAUAGAAGUGUAUGAGUCUGAGGUGUCGAUUGCACACAUUCAGAAAUUCAUGACAAGUAGCACCUUUGAAAAAAACAGGCGUAGUUAGACAUGUCAGAAAAAAGUUUUAAAAAAUUCUUCUUAUGCAGGAUAACAUCAGCGAAACUUAAACCCUUUGUGCACAGGGGGCGCCAAAUCCACACAAACCAAAAUUUCCUUACAGGAACUGUAAUGGGGCGCUCACACCAAACGCGAGUAAAAUCAUCUACUUUCUUAAUUCGUGCUAAUCUGGACACCUGAAUGAAUUGUAUUUAACUUAUAUUCAACGGUGAUUUCAGUGGUAAUCUCUGCCAACUCAACCGUGGGAUCAGGUGAUAGACAAAGGUUUUUUACAAUUUACCAGGUAAUCCGACCUCCUCACUCUCUGUCCUUCAUGCGAGCUCCUUUUUAUUUCGGUUUCGAUUAUUGGAAGAAGAAGGUAUCAUAUAAUUCGGGGCACCCACACACAGACAUAAUCAGUUUGUCCUCCAUUUUAGAUACCAGUGAACAACUGUCCGUUUUUAUAUGUCACUCGGCAACCUUUGUGCUGAUUAAUUAUCGCGACGCAAAUAUACCCUCAAGUUGAGACAUGUUAACGGUGCGUUUGAGUUACCUCGGAAGUCAGAAGUCGGAGCUGAAAAUGACCUCACACCCAAGUUAUCAGCGUUUUAGUUACCAAGUCGGACAAAAAGUGAAAUCGGAGGCAGAGACAAGAUGGCUACAUCUACAAAAGUUAUUUUAGCGCUUGUCUUGUCAGAAUAUAAGGCAAGUGCUAAAAUAACUUUCGUAGAUGAGGCCAUCUUGUUUCAGGCCUCCGAUUUUGCUUUUUUCCAACUUGGAAACUGAAACGCUGGUAACUCGGAUGUGAUGUCAUUUUCAGCUCGGACUUCUGACUUCCGAGGUAACUUGAACACAGCAUUAGCUUCCGCCCAAUUUCCAUCAUUCAGUGUAGUAGGAGCUUCUAAUCGUGUCUUUACAUUAACUUAGCAUGUAAUCCAUUUGCGCGAGUAAAAUCAUGCGCUUGGUGUGUGAAGACAUUUUUUGGAGGUUAUGUUAUUUAUAUGUUCUACCGCUGGAUGUCACCCUCGGGUCUCAAUAGGUGGGCUUAUUUAGGUAGGAACCUUUGUGCAGGUGACAGGUGUUUUUUGACCGCGACACCAGCUCUGUAAGAUCGUUGGUUGCCGGAUUAUUUAUGGAAUACUGUGAACACAUUGUUGGACAUUGACACUGUGGUGAGCAAUAAAUGAUCCUUAAAGGAAGAAGAAUUCAGACAUUUUUAUUUUCAUCCAGAGUAAACACAGCUUUCAAUCACUAAAUUAAUCAUUUCUAUAUGCUGUACCCUUAAAGUAUUUACAUGUUACAUGUUGGUGCAGAUUUGGAGAUUAAUAAAACUCCUUAGAACAGAGUUUGAUAAAUUAGAGGAUCGACUGUGUCAACAAAGUCAGGAUAAGUGAGGAGCCAUACAAAAGAGGAGAGUUGGAGUAAAAUUAACCAAACAAAAAAACACCAACAGAGAAGAAAUUCAGGACUUUAAUGACUGUAACUAAAAUCAGCACUGGUGCACAUGGAACUUUGGAGAUCCUUAAAUCCUCUAAUGUGAAAUUAAAGCAAGAAAGCAAAAGAUGAAUACACCUUUGACUGUCGUUUAUCACUUUGAGAAACUUUGGAGAAAAGCACUAAAACAAAGACAGAAAAGUUAUCAAAGCUCUUUUUUAGCUGGAUUUGAAAUAGAUUGAAUUGAUAUUAGUCAUCUUAAUGAGCUCUUACAUCAAAUUGAUGAGAAAUUAGUCUUAUUUUUUGUUAUUUUGGAUCCCUGAACCUGCUGCUGUUUGGUACUACACACUGUCAAAACACUUUGUUUACAUUUUUACUGUUAAAGACAGCAGGAUGAUGAUUCUUCACUUGAAAAUACAGCUUUCACAAGUGUAAAACAAUAUAAGUGAAGAGGCACUAGUUUGCCUACAGGUGGCGCCAAAAUCAACACAAAGUAAGAGUCGCCUAUGGUAGCUUUAACUUUAACUUUGAUCUGAGUUGCAGAUCUGUGAGACUGGAUCCUUCAUGAAGCUUCUGAUUGAGUUUAAACUACUGACUUAGACUUCCAGGAGUGCGCAGUAAAAAUAAUCAACGUUACCCCUCACAUGCAUGAAGCUUAAAGCCUGUUUUUUUAAAUAUAAGGUCUCAAAGUUCAGGUGUGAAGACGGAGCAUUAAGUUGUCAGAGAAAUAAACACUUUAAAGUCGACUUAAAGCUAUUUUGAGUGGGUUUUUUUUGCAGCCUGUGCGCUCAAAGUUAUUCCUGGAGAAAAAUCUCACCUUGCAGCUUUUAUCUGUCUAAUGUACCUCUCAGUGUGAAAGAGUGCAGAGAGCGAAAACAAACAAAGACUCUUACAGUCUUCUAGCUCUAAAUCACUUCAUCAGAGUCUGACCCAAGGGCAGAGGUGACAGGCAUUAAAACAAAGAUUGAAAACACUCGCGAUAAAGUGGCGUCAGUCUUUGUUAUUUAACCACAUAAGGACUCUUUAAACUUCAAGCACAGUUACUGAGAAUUGGUACUUUCUGCUUUUAAUGCUAACCUGUCUCUCUCUCUCUCUCUCUCUCUCCCCACCUCUGCAGUGUGGUGCCGAAAAUGGAGGCAAGAGGAAGAAGAAGGACAGGGAUUUGGAUGAGCUGAAGAAGGAAGUGGCCUUGGUAAGAAAAACAAGCUGUCAGAGCUCCAGCCCACACUCACUCUGCUCCGUGAUUGAUUCCAUCGCCGCUGCUCCCAAACCAUCCCCAAAUAGCGCCACGCUGAAGACACCAGGUUAUUUAACAAGGCUAUAAAUGAAAACCCUGGCCUGUAAACAAAAAUGGCAGUCCAACCUGCUUAGUGUAGUCGCUUGUAGAUGAGCAGUAAGAGAGCCUGUCCUCUCCUAUCUCCUCCUCCUCCUCCCUCUGGCUGCUCCUCUUUGUGCACAGAGAGAUACUGAAUAAUUUGUGGGCCACCAGCAGUGUACUGCAGAGUUUUUGUCUCGAGCAGAGCUGUAGCUCUUUGAGGUGCUGUCAAGACGCAGCCAAGCGAUGCCCAAGAAAACUGGGGUAAGUUUGGCUGCACACAGCAUCUCUGAUAAAGCCGCGCUUGUCACUUAUCAAGUUGGCCUGUGACUGAUUAAAGGGACGAAUUCCCUUGAUGCUGUCAGCAGUACAGGACUAGUUUUGUGAUUAAGUGUUUGUAUUUAAGUCUCACCAUCUGGAAGUGAUAUCCUACAUUUCUGACCCAGAAAGCCUUCGAGCAACCGAAGCGAGCCCGCUUUAAAACUCAACUUGUCAAACGCGGCUUCUUGAUCUGCGCCGAAAUAUGUCAAAAUACGAAGCAACUAAUGUAACCGCCGCCGCUCUCUAACUUUUGGUGUAUAGCGUGGGGUUUUCAGCCAUUAAUCAAUAUGAAAAUCAGUGUUUUAGCGUAAUACUAAAACCGCCCUUAAAGCAGUGUAACUCCUAAGUUUUAAUGCCCUCCUCAUAAAAGUCACAUUAAAAAAAGCAGAAUGACUAUAAUCCAGGAGAGGUCGGUAUCUUAAUGAAACACAGAAUGAGGCCUAUAAGUUACAUGCACUUCACACAUGUUUACAAAGUUUGCACCAAGAGAUCUCAGGGUUUCAACUCUGAGGUUCAGUUUUGGGUUGUAGGGUAGGUAAAACUACCCUAAAACUGACCCUCAUCAGAGACCAGAGGGUUUGACCCCCUGUUGUUUAGUGUCUACUAAUAACUUUAUUUAUAAAGAACUUUUAAAAACAAGAGUUUACAAAGACGUGGGGAAACAACGAUGAAAGAUAAAAACAACAAGAGAAGACUAGACAAGUCUAAAACCCAGACGACAUGUCCUAAUGAGACACUAUUGGGAAUAAAAAAAUAAAAUAAAAUAAAAUACAAUGAAAAUAUGUGGAAUCACCUGAGCUGAGACCUCAUUAAAAAAGACAUCACAAGAACCCGCAAUACCGGGCCAACGCAGGAACCCUACUACAAAAAACUCAGACCAAGGGGACUGAACUUUAGAAAGGCAUGAAAAAAAGACGGAAUAAAAACUAAAAACAUUGAAGGUGUGGUAGUCAGGAUCUGAGGAAGUGCCAGUUUUUAGGAGAAAUCUUGAAUGUACUGUCAUAUAUUGUAGCACGCUAACUUUGUUUGGGCUCCUGGCUGACACGGGGGAGGAGCGUCCGCCUCACAGCCAAUCAGGUCGAGGGAGGCGGAGAAUAGCUUUAUUUAUAGUCAGAAAGAGCGGAGCGCUCUGACAUUUUAAAAUGUUGACUACAUAGACAUAACAAAACACAGCGAUAUCGUGAAAUUAGAUAGAUAGAUAGACAGACAGACCUUUAUUGUCCCUGGGGGGAAAUUCAUUUUCACAGACACUGGCAUGGACACAUAGACUUAAGGACAACAAGGCAUGUCACAAAAUAAGAGACAGGGGGCACACAGGACAACACUAUACUAACAAUAAGGACAGGACAACACACAUGCAGAUUAGGCAGGGGAUUAUCUCUGCAAACUAUUCAGGGCAGCGAUUGCAGAAGAGACAAAGCUCUUGCUGAUUACCAAAUGUCGUAAAUGACUAAUAUCUAUUGACUGAUAUUAAAAGCUUUUUUGUAUAUACACCACAAAAAAGAUGCUUCCUUAACGGAUUCCUGCCUAAAACUAAAUGUAAAGGAUUAAGUCAGAGGAAGAGAAAGUGAUAUAAGUCGACAUUAGAUUAAAACAAGUCCAUAAAAGUGCGUUUUAAGAAGUGAUUUAAAAGCAGUGACUGAUUCUGCACGCCUUAUCUUCUUGCGGAGGUUGUUCCAAAGUCGAGGGGCCCUUUAGUGCCUUAAAAGUAUUGAGUAAAAUCUUCAAAUCAAUUCUAAAAUGAGCUGAAAGCCGAUGCUGAAGUAAGGGUGAUGUGAUAUCAUCUGUUAAGAAAACCUUGUUUAUUGAACAUCAUGUACGCUAGUUGCCACAUUCAUGUUACUUUACAAUAACAUGUGUGACAGUACUCAUAAAUCCCCGACCCUGAGGCCCUCUGAGCAUAAACGGCCCUACAUGGUAAACUAAAGACUGCUGCAUUUCCGAGAAUGGUGAAAAGUUUAAUAUUUGUCUGCGAGCUUCACUGGAAAUGAGCAGAAAUGACAGAAUGUAACUUAUUUAAAAACACUAAAGACUGAUCUCACGGUGACACUCUGAUCGUUAUUUUCUUGAAGCUUCGGGCCGCAGAACCAAAACUGCACAAUUUAAUGAGUCGGACAUGUUGCCUGCAGACGACGCCUGAUCCGGUUUGGUUGUAGAGUAAAAAAAACAAACUGUUGCAUCAUCACAGGAGCUGGCUGUUGAUCGUGUCCAAAUCACUUCCUCCACAUUUUAUUGAAUAAUUUGAAGCUGCAGGGAAGGAGACAGGCGGGUGUUUUUACUGUAUUAUGAGGACAUAACUCCUCAGUCUGUGGAGCCGACACCCUGCCGACAGAUGAAAUUUUUGUUGCUCCAGACAAGAACCAAACUCCUUCGUCGCCGCGGGGGGAGACGCCUCAAUAUGGUCACCUACAAGGAAUAAUUAAUUUAGAUUUUAUUUGACAUUUAAAGGAGAGAAUAUGAAUAAAUAAGCGCAGUAAAAUCUGGAACUUAAUCACACUCUUUAACGGUGUCAGAUGUGGUCUGUUUUUGGAGUCUCUCAGGUUUAAUUGGUCUUCUUUUAUGACUGUUUUGAUUACGUUUCGCAAAACUCACCAAGAUAAGCGCCUGUGCAGAGCAGUGGUAAUUUGUGAUGCUGCUAAAUGGAGUUUAUACUCCACAAGUAUGGCAGGUGAACUCAAUAUACAAUAUGUAGAUUACUGUGAGGAACAGACUCACCAUCCUCUAUUGCUGACUAAUCGUCAUCUGUUGAGUAGUCUGAUAAAUAAAACUUGAUACUACAUGUUAGGGUUUGGUGAUAUGGCCUCAAAUCAAUAUCACGAUAUACUGAGCAGUUCAACUCAAUGAUAAAUGGACGAUAACUACUCCACAAGCUGCUCACCCCCUCCCACAUUAACUUGGUCUACUACAACUUUUGAACCGUCCUCCAUCUCCUCACCUGUCUUUCCCUAUUUGUUACAGACUGGAUGGGGUGGAGUCACGUCUCUGACGUAGGACAGCGUCUUAAAGGGACAUGAGACCAUAGCCUACCUACACACAUCCAAAACCAACUUUUAUUUAUCAUUUUUUUGACACACGAUAUACGGAUAUGGGCGAAAUGACGUUGGUUAUUGUCGUAAAUUUCAGUAUCGGUAAAUUUUCGGUUUAUCACCAGGCCCUUCUACGUGUUCACGACUGUUUUACUGGACUAAUUUGCAGCUGUUUUAACUAAGUCUUCAGUCAAAGGUGUGAAAGCACUCAGAAAACACUCAGAAAUGAUCGCAGCAUCUGGAGGUAAACUGUGUCAAACUGGUCUGCAGAGUGGGACUAACAAUAGCAGAGCUUGCACCACCAAAAAACUAUGGAAAAUGAAAAAUAAAGUUUGGAAAACUAUUUAUGCUUCCAGACUGUUACCAUCGUUCUAAAAUACUGUUUUUCAAAAUAGAAAAGUAGGCAUUUCCAAAAAUAAUUCUAAAAAGUAGAGUAUGGAAAAGAAUGGAAAUUCCAGCUGUGUAGGAACCCUGCAUUUUGCGGCUAUGACAAUCAGAGUAUCAAAAUUAGUUUAGCCGAUAAUGUUUCAACAUGCAAAUCCCUGUUUACAUCUCUGUUUAAAUCUUUAAAUGCAUAUUUAUGAUCUAAUAUGGGAGGACAUGCAGCCUAAUCAUUGCUAUGUCUCUUAAAGCGGUUGCUUGUGAUCUGGCGCCAUCUUCAGGGCAAAAUAAUAUUACACAAUAAAACUUCUAUCAAUGCAUCUAAUACUUGUUUAUUGGUCGCAACUGUUAAUGGACCAAAUUUUGCAGAAAAUAACAUCUCAUAUAAAGUUAUCUACUCUUUUUCAGACACUGUCAAGUUUAUAAAACCCAAAAAAUAAAGAAGCUUACCCAGAAAACAGUUUUUAAUUAUAAGAGUCCACAAGGAUAGACGUCAGCGUAUGCUAAAUUCAAAGCUCAUACUUACAGUGAAAUUUAAUUUUAUAAAACUAACCCACCAAAAAAUCCUUGGAGAGAAGAAAAUUAGGCAAAAGUUACUUCAGUCUUACCUGCUCCUGUUUCACAGCUGCUUUGAAUCUGCUCGUUUUAUAAAUUCAGCUCCUUCUUUGGAUAACUAGCUCGACAAGCUGAUGACUAACAAUCUGAGUUCCCCGCUCUAUACAAACACGCCACCAAACAUCAAAACUAACCCUGAAACAUCACAAACUUCACCGGCUCCCUCCUCCUUCUGUCUGUCUGUGUGCGGCCAGACUGAAUCUGGUAAUAGCUCACACUUUGACUGCUGGAGACAGUUUCUUCACCUCCGGUUCAGCUCUGCUUGGAGGUGCCAGGCCAAAUGGGCAUCACUCUUUGAUAUGUUUUAUCUCUCACAAAGAAUGAGUUGGUGAAAAGAAAGCCCGUGGAUCCAUGUCAGACCCAGAGAAAUAGAGGAAAAGUCUUUUUUUUUUUCCUUUUUCUGCACCACAGUCAGACGCUCGAGCUCUUUUACAAUCACUGUGGUCAGUUAUUAAACCCGCUUUACAGCUGCAGCCCGACUGCUUUAAUGUGACACGAGUUUCUAAUUCAUGAUGUCUCAAAGACUCUUUUCAAAUGAUCUGAUUGGCCAAUUAAACUGCUCUGAUUUUUCUUUUUAUUAAAUCCCUGCAGGACGACCACAAAAUCAACCUGGAUGAUCUGGGGAAACGCUACGGAGUCGACCUCGCGCGGGUAAUGACACAUAAACUCUCCAUCGCACAAACAUACAACAACAACAAAACAGCAGCUGUUAUUUCUAAAAUUAAAGUGUAAUCUCUGGAAACUCAGAACGGGGAUAGCUUUGGUGGAGUUAGAUCCACCGCAGACUCACCUUGAGCUGCAUUCGUCUUAAAUCCCUCACUCGCUCACACACUUAGACUGUAAUACAACUACUUUAAACAGGCAGAUACAAACACCCUACACAAGUCUUUAAGCCGCGGCCACACUCGCUGCUUACCUGAGGUUUGACAUUGCAGCUGUCGGGAAACUGAUUUUGAUCUUUUUUUAAAGGUUGGAGAUUUAAGAAAUACGAGAUCGGACGCUUCAAACUAUCAGGGACUGUAAAAGUGUCAGGAGAGGUUUGAAGUCCUCUUAAUUUGUGCGCUCACUCACUAAAAGUCAUAUCACAACAUUUCAGGCACUUUUAAGUGUUUUCUAGACCUUGAAACUAUCAGGCGUAAACUGUCCGGAUAAAAUGUUCGAUAUUUUCAAACCUGACAGUUUUACCACAUGAACUCUUAAACGAGGACAGUCAGUGAAAGUUUAUCAAACAACUCCAACUCCAGAAAAGUUCAGACACCUGAAUCUGACUGGAAAGAGUGUAAAGGCAACAUAUGCAGAUUUUUGUUGUUUUAACUUCAAGAGUAGAUGUUUGUUUUAUAAUCUGUGCUUAGAAAAGUCAAACAGAGAUUAAAAAGAGAGAGUUGAGCUUCUCAGAUAAGAUCUUUGACAUGACUCUGUAGUGGAAAUCUCUGCAUGGGCCACUAUUAAAGGGAUAUUCUGGUGUAAAAUUAAUUUAGGGUCAAACACACCGUAACACUGAGUUAGACACCCCCUCGAGAGAUGAAUGUUGCCGACCGCUUGCUUCUCUAGUUAUACCAACUUCCCCAAUGACCGCACGAUAGCAAUACACAGCGGUCUGAGGAGCCAUAAACAAAUCUCAAACAAAACGCCACUCUAUAGCCACAAACAACAACUCGCAACAAGCGGCUGCUGGAAGAGAGUAGGUGAGCUGUGUUCAGUCUCUUUGCUGAAGAAAUUAGGCAAAGUUAGGUGUCUAGUACUAUGGCUAGGACCCUAUAUGUCCUGUUGAUGAAGUUAGGUGCUGUUCUGAGCAUUAUUAGUGGUUAUAGAGUGGCGUUUUGGUUGAGGUUUGUUUAUGGCUCCUCAGACCGCUGUGUAUUGCUAUUGUGCGGUCGUUACUAAAGUUGGUAUAACUAGAGAAGCAAGCGGUCGGCAACAUUCAUCUCUGGAGGGGGUGUCUAACUUGGUGUUACGGUGUGUUUGACCCUAAAUUAAUUUUACACCAAAAUAUCCCUUUAAAGCCAUGUUUGUGAUCACAGCUCAUCCCUUCAUUCACAAAUGCAGAUGAAAACUGAAACAUGUAAAGAAGAAACCAAAUUUUAGAAUGAUCCAGAAAUAACAGCCUCAUACCUGGCUCUGUAGUAGAAGGGUCCACACCCUCAGGUGGCUCACUGAAAGCAUUAGGUUUAUUUUGAUAUGUAAGGAGACAUCGUGGUCCAGAAAGGGGACUCCCUAGUUCAGGUUUUUGUUAAAAGAGGAGCGUAUUCUGUUAUACUUGAAAAUAUACUUUUUAUUCCUGUUAAAAUUGGAUUUAAAUGUUUUAUAAACUAAGAGAUCUUGUUUUUAUCUGCAUUUUACACAAUAUACCAACUCCUCAGGAGGCAGCGGUACUUAAUGUUCUGCAGCUGCGGCAGUAAAAUCUGCUGUUUUUGUUGAAAAUAGAGAAAAUUUCCACAAAAGACACUUUCUUACCCCAGAAUGUCUCUCCCUCAGGGACUGACCAACGUCAAAGCCGCACAGAUUCUGGCCAGGGACGGUCCAAACGCCCUCACGCCUCCCCCCACAACCCCCGAGUGGGUCAAGUUCUGCCGUCAGCUGUUCGGCGGCUUCUCCAUUUUGCUCUGGAUCGGCGCCAUCCUCUGCUUCCUGGCCUACAGCAUCCAGGUGGCCACAGAGGACGAAGCUCCCAAUGACAAUGUGAGAAACUGCUUGUAAAACAUGCACGAGUGUGUGAGUGUGAGUGUGUGUGAGUGUGUGGUUGUGUGUACAAGCACACACCACACAUAUUAAUCACCCACAGGGCCAGAUGCAGGUAUACACAGGCUGCUACAGUCAAAACACAGGUACGAAACACACAACAAGAAUGAAUGCACAAGCUCACAGACAUGCAAAGACAUCUAAUCCACCUGCAUACAUCUGCUCAGCUCUGAGAGGGAAGAAGACGGUUUAAACUGUGUCUCUGCUUCAGUUUCAGACAUUUGUUCAGCAAUGUUUAGUUUCCAUGCUGAUGUGAAGCUCUUCCCGGUACAGCAGCUCCCUCUGCUGGUCACUUUUUUGCAACAUUCAGUCGCACUCCCUCAUGUUGUUUUCUGUCUGUCUAGAUUCAUUCAGGUUUUGUCAUAAUUUAAAAACCACUCAGAUGAAAACCAUGUUUUCCUCGUUGUCUACAUGUUCAUAUGACAUUUUUCUGAUGCUACACGACAUAUCACGAGAACAGUAAUUGCAUUUCAGCGUAUUUCUGCAGACCCAAACAGCAGGUUCAGAUACAGUGAGAUUUCCUACGUAGCAAAUCCAAGCUCCGCCCAAGAGCCCCGCUAUGCAGUCUACACUCAGAAAAGUAGACAGGACGAUUGUGGAAUAAGCAUGUGCGUUAGCGGAUUGCAAUGCUCGUAAGAAAGCUAAUUAUGAUAUCAACGGCACAGGUAACGUGAUUUUGGCGAAAAUCAUAAUCACAAUUUAGAGACCACUGAGAACACUUAAAGUAGUAAAAAAAUAAAAUGAUAGGAGUGGGAUUUUAAGGACCCUUCUGAGUCAGAGGAAACCUGCGGCUCACAUGCAGCUCUCACUCUGCAGAGCGCACCAAUAAGAGGAUAAUGACACAAUCCAUCAACUGCAUGAGACAUUAACCUUAUCGAAAUAUAAAAACUCUUUUUAUUGGACUAAACAGGCUAGUCUGAGUGAGAGUGGAAAAACUCGAACCUCUCUCCAAUGCAUUCGCUCCAAAUAUACGUCCUUGUUCACAAUCUUCUGCUUGAUUUUUGGAUCCCAGUUAAUACACUUGCCUUUAAAACGGGUGACUAAUGCGUCCUAAGCAGUGUUGAAAUAAGCUUGUAUACAGAUGAAUCAAACCAAAUCUUUAAUGACUCAUUUAUUUUGUGACUCAUUUUCCAUAAUGCAGAAAAAGGAGACAUUUGAAAUGCACAAACGAAAGCGUGCACACAUGAUCAGCCCACAUACUGUAUACUAUCUCUAGAUUAAAACCAAAUCCUGAAUCUGACCCCCUUCCCCCUGAUCAAAAAUCUAUUUUUACCCCUGUUUAUGACCUCUAUGUGACCAUCAAAGCCUUUUGACAUCUAAAUCUCCUUUUCGAGGAGGCAUGGCCAAAAUGGCAGCACAGGCAGAUCACGUGCGCCAUCAGCGAGCCAACAAUUAGUGAAGGGAAAAAAAGCAGGAAAGCCAGAGGGAGGGAGGGAAGGGAUUUGAGGACAAGAGAGGGAGAUGAAGAGGGACUUACACUACAGAAGACACACACAAGAACACAUCCGAUUUUUAGUGUAAAAUAAGGCGUUCACACUGACACACAGCUCCCCCCCCUCUGCUGGUGUGACGUCAAGUCAACCUGCUGACUCUGCUGGCACAGAUCCUGGCACUAACACGGGUUGAUACUCAGACCAAGCCGCCAUCCAUACUGCGCUUUAUGGCUGUGAGUCGUUAUGCAAUCAUCAUUCAGCGCUCACCAAAACCCCAGACGGCUUUAAAGCCUCGCACAAUAUGCAGCUACAUACAGAAGAUAGACACACGCACAUGCACGUGCACAUGCACAUGCACACACGUGAUAACUUUAAUCUCCCCUCUAUUUAAUCUCUGCAUUCACUGUUGAGUAUGUACAGCUGGAUGCUCCGAUGAGCUGCUUCAAAGCCGCGACUGCCUGCAGCUUCUCGACUUUGUGUUUGUGAAUAAUGUACACGGAGUUGUUUAAGAUGAAAAUCCACCUUAACACAACUUAACACAACGCCGUCGCCUUAAAAACUGCAUUUUUAUUGUUUCAAUGGAGUCAUUGAGCCGGAAGAUCACACUGUUAUCUCCAGCGUCACCGCCACACUUCUAAAGUCAUAUUUUGCACUAAAAAAAUGGAGCAUUUCUUUUAGCUUGCGGAUUGAAAUGCGUCCUCUCCCUGCAGAAAUGUUGCUCAUAUAAUUCUGCACAGCAAGAGAGCGAGAACAAAUGUCUCACAAAGCCGGAGGAGCCAAAAGUGCUUAGCUUAAAUCCACAUAAAAACAUGUAUAGACAAAAACCAGGGGCUGCAAACUGUCUCCAACACUGACAAGUGACUUUUCUGAGGAUACAAUGUGUUUCCUGGUUCAGAGGAUUUCUGCAAUGCUACCGUUGGAGAGGAGGAGGAAAAAAAAAAAGCAUCUAAGCGGAAAAGAGCAAAACAUUCUGUUGUUGCUGUCAAAUGAAAGCGGCAUCUUCCAAAAACUUUUCAGGCUUUAGGAAUUUAGUAUUCCAGGAGAACAGGACACACAGCACACCAGCUGGCAGAUGCUUUCAUCCAAAGUGCCGGGCUGUCUUGCUUGCAUCAACAUGUAACGGCUUUUUUUUUCACUUGUGAAAAUAUUCAAAAAUAAAAUACAUCAGAAUAAAUGUUCCCGGCGUCUGCAGAGUCUGGCAGCGGUUCAGAGAGUGUGUCUUGGUGGCCCCACAGAUCAGAGUGUCGAUUCUUGGUUUGCUGGGUUCUGGAGACAGAUGUUCACUUUGAGGGAAACUGUCUGAGAUGGCAGGAAUGGUGCACAAAAUCUUUCAAAUCUGAGAGCGUCUUGAGGUUCUCUCGCUCUUCACCCUCCUCUUAAAGGGAUAUUCUGGCGUAAAAUUAAGUUAGGGUCAAACACACCGAGUUUGACACCCCGUCGAGUAGUGAUGGGCACAGCGGUUCUUUUGGAUGUACUGAACCAGUAGAAUCAGUUCACUAAAACGAUUCUUUCAAAAGAUUCGUUCAUUGAAUCACCGAAUCCUUCAGUGCUUGGCGGGAGGAGCCUGUGACUCCGACCUCCUGAACUGAUUCACAGCUGAACAGUUCAGGAUUCAGUUCAGUUCAGAGCUUCUGGGACCGGGAGACAACAGUGUUUUUCUGUGUUGCUUUGACAAACAGGUUUGUAAAAAUGAACUUGUUUAUAAGUCAUGAUGUUUUAAGUGUACUGUCCUAUGGUAUACUAUUUACCAGGUCUGCUCGGUAAAUUGAGGUCAGUAAGUGAUUCGUUCACUGAGAGUUUAGAAGAAUUCACACUGAACAUGCACCGUUCCCUUACAAACCGCUGCAAUGACAGGAUGCUGCGGACUUAAUGCACUAUUUGAGACAAAGAGACUAAACACAACUCACCUAAUCUCCUCCAGCAGCCGCUUGUUUGUACAGAUACCUCUGGCGAGUCCAUCGACUGCUGCGGGGUGAGGCAGCUCAAGGAAGAACAUUUAUGAUCAUUACUUUAUCAUCAUUUUGCACUGAAGACGCGGUAGCUCUUCUGCCUUAGCAUCACGGUCUAAUUGCCUUUCCAUUAAGAAAUUAUCAUAAAUGUUCUUCCUUGAGCUGCGUCACCCCGCUGUAGUCGAUGGACUCGGCCAGAGGUCUCUACAAACAAGGUUAAAAAGAUGUUUGGUGGCUAGUGCUAUGGCCAGAACCCUAUGUCCUGUUGAUGAAGUUAGGUGCUAUUCUGAGUAUUAUUUGUGGUGUUUUGGUUGAGCAUGUGGCUCUCUGUAUUUCUAUCAUGCGGUCGUUACUAAAGUUGGUUUAACUAGAGAAGCAAGCGGUCGGCAACAUUCACAUCUCGAGGGGGUGUCUAACUCGGUCUUACAGUGUGUUUGACCCUAACUUAAUUUUACGCCGGAGUAUCCCUUUAAACACACCUUACAUAAACUAGGUCUGCCUAUAAUGACUCUGAGUCCCCCCUCCUCUGUUUCAGUUGUAUCUGGGCGUGGUUUUGGCAGCCGUGGUCAUCAUCACCGGCUGUUUCUCCUACUUCCAAGAGGCCAAAAGCUCCCGAAUCAUGGACUCCUUCAAGAAAAUGGUGCCACAGGUAAGUUGAUGCAUUCUGUGUUUGGUGAAGUCUCAGAGCUUUAGGAAUCAAUAAGCCGUCCCUCAAGUAGGGCUUACACUCCCACUUGAGUGGAAACCUAAUAAGCUUGCACAAAGAAAGAAUAAAUGUUUGAGCCAACUUUGGAUUGUGUGUGUUUGCAUAAAAACUCCUCUUGCGUUAUCCACCCCUAGCACUUCGAUUGCCUAAUUCUUUAAUCUAUUUAGGCUGUUUUCACUCCCUCCUUGUCUCCUUUAUCCAUACCUGUCUUUCCACGCUCUCAUUCCCUUUUUUUCUCCCUCUCUCUCUAUCUAUCUCUUCCUUUCCCAUACUUCUACACCCGCUGGCUCCCACUUUUUUUUUUUUUUUAUCUCUUCCUCUGACUAAAUCCUCUCUCUGUUCCCCAAACUCUCUUUCUCCCUCUUCUCCUCACGCUCCCCUCUCCCCGCUUGUCCUCCAUCCCUUUUUUCUCCAUGCCAGCAAGCGAUGGUGAUCCGGGAGGGGGAGAAGAUGCAUAUCAAUGCUGAGCUUGUGGUGCAGGGAGAUCUGGUGGAGAUCAAAGGGGGAGACCGCAUCCCAGCUGACCUUCGAGUGAUCUCCUCCAGCGGAUGCAAGGUAGGGGAGCGGAGAGGGCUGGCCCUGGGGAGUCUACAGUGGCUCGACUUGCUUUUGACUUCUUUGUUAUGCAGCACUUUUUAAACCCAUUAUUUAAUCAUGUUUACUAUAAUAGUUUAAAGAAGAAGCGUAGUGGAAUAUUCACUCCUACGUAUUUGACAGCUGAGACAUUAAACUGAUUUAUUUUAUGGCCUUAAUCCAAAGUAUGGGUUGGAGAGACGUCUUUUUAUUCUUUUUGAAAAUCACUGAAAUGUUUAUGACAAAUUUUAUGGCAACAUUUACCAACAAGCUGACUCCAAGAGGCUCUACAACAGUGGUCCUCAACCUUUUUUGUACCAGGGACCAGAAACUUUUUCCAAGGACCGGGUAGGGGGGAGGUUCCAAUAACAAAAACCUUAAUCAGUACAUAGUAUGUAGUUUGGAUACAACAAUUACAGUUUAUAUUAGGCACUUUUCAUUACACUUUAACAUCAACUCAACAUAAUGCAGAAUCAACCCUUCCUCUCUCCAGUGAACUCUGUUUCUGGCUCAUUUUGUGAGGGUUAGCUUGUGUUGCAGAUGCAGGAAGAUGACGUGCCGAAGAGUCAAGCACGAAAGUGAGGCGACGGUGGAAGUGGUGAUCUUUCAAAAUAAGAUACUGGGAGGACAGAUGAAAAGAAAAAAUAUUUAAUCUUUUUUUUUUUAAUGGCCCGGUACUGGUGGUUGGGGACCUGGUGGUUGGGGACCUCUGCUCUACAAUAUAAAUCACUUGUUGAACCUACUCGACCAAAAUACCCCAAGAUACUUCUUCUGAUUGGUUAGAAGUUUGACCUAGUAUUACGUUCUGUGGUAUUUUGGGGAGUCUUUAAGUUUGAAUGUCAAGCUUUGUGUAGACAUUAUAAAUGGCAGUUUCAAAAUUCUUGGAAGCUGCAUAUUGUAUAAUGUUGAUGCAGAAUUUGAUGGUUCUCAAAACAUUAAGUAGUUGAAAAUCAGCACAACAAGAAAUGACAGUUUCUUUUGCUGGAAGUUGAUUUGAAGCCUUUCAAAAUAAAAGCAACUAUACUAGGAGUAUGUUUUUUUUUCUGUUGGAAGUUGAUUCGAUGCCUUUCAAAUUAAAAACGAUUAGACCGGGAAGUAGGUAUAUUUUGGUCUCAUGUGAAUACAUUUUAUUUCAUGGGGCUUUAUUUUUUGUAUAUAAUGUUAAUGUGAUUUUUUUUGUGUGUGUGUGUAUUCAUGUGUUCAACAAAGACAAAAUACAAAACGGGAUGACCCUCAAACAAACUGGAGCGCGUGAGAAAGAAGGUCACCUCCGGUCCUCUCAGUGGAGGUCUGCAGCCAGACCCCUCUCAAAGAUCUUGGCUGUCUUGAAUAAUUUUAAUCAAAUAUUAGGUUUAAGUGAUCACAAACUUUGUUUAAUCAAAGCAUCUAUUUUAGAAUUAGCAGACUUUGAAAAUAUAAGUUUGACAAAGUGUUUAUCUUCUAAGUAGUUUGCUUCAUUCUGUUCCUUCUCGAACUGUUUGUUUUUGACAUACAUAUGUUAGUGUAAAUUUAUCUUUGACAUGUACAGUUGUUUGGUGUACAUAUGUAUUAUUUUGCGCAGUGUCUUUGUUUCUAGUUGUGUUUGUUGUUGUUGUUGAUAAAUAAAUAAAUAAAUAGAAAAAGAAAAAAAAGAUAGGAACUGAUAGGAACUUUGUGGACUCAGACCCUACAUCCUCUGAGAACCAUGACUAAAGCACAGAUCUUUGCUUUGGGUUGAGGGAAACUUGCUGAAGUCGUUAAAUCCUAGACCAGCAAAUGUUAGACGAGUAAAUGUCAGGGAGUCACUAAACUUGGUAGGCUUCAUCCACACAGCAUCACAAUUAUCUGUAAAAAAAAUCCGAUGUCUGUCCGCUCAGUGUUUGUGAAGAUAUUGCAGUCUGAAAGAGGGAGUUGAGAUGUCAAUAUUUAGGUCUGAUGUCAAUCUGUUAUUUCUCUCUGUAAACUUUCUGUUGCUGCAGGGUGAACAUAUCUCUAAAAUGUCAGUCUUUUAGCUCAAACGGCAUCUAUUUUUCAGUCUGUUCAACUGGAGUUUGAGCCACUGCAAUAUGACUGGGGUACUCAGUGGUAUAGAUUUCUUCAUCUGUAGAGAAACAUUGAAAAGAUAACUAAGACCUAAGACAGGUCUGACAGAACAAGAGUGUUACAUCAUUGCUCUUGUUGCUGAUAAGCCUGUUUCUUUCAUUUCCAACCUGUCAGUCUCUCCUGUGUCUCUUGGGUUAACAUUAUUUUCUUCUUUUUUCCCUCUGUCCCUGUAAAGGUGGACAACUCGUCUCUGACAGGAGAGUCUGAGCCUCAGACCCGCUCCCCGGAGUUCACGCACGACAAUCCUCUCGAGACCCGGAACAUCUGCUUCUUUUCCACCAACUGUGUCGAGGGUCGGUAGGCCACAUCUGGACAAGAUUGUCUCUUAUCGCUUCUAAAUGUCUUUUUGUAUUGCCAUCUGGAGAUCAGCAUAGUUUGACUUUACCACCCGGAGGAUUUAGGUGCAGGAUUUAUCAGACAAGCAUUUCCUCUAUCCCUCAGUAAAGUGUGCACUUAUUGAACUUUGGAUGCACGGAGAUUAUUAACAAGUGCUUCCAUUUGGAAUUCAACCAGUGGGACUUUGAGUUAUUAUUUCAGUUGCUAUGAGCUGCUGAAUGGGGAUGGAGAAAGCAUUUCAAUGGGAUUUUCUUAUGAGAAUCUGCAACCUAAUCAAUAACUGUUAAAGAGGGUACAGAAUAAAGAUUACAACUGUCAGCGUAGUACAACAAAUACAUUCAUUCUGGGGAAACAAGCCUCAUUAAAGAGGUGGUAUUGUCACUAGAUGUGGUUUAAUGGGAAACAAUGAGGGUUUUCGUCAAAAUGUUCCUAAUAUUAUGGCACCUCAACAUUACAUUAGUAGAAGUGACUGUAUGCUGAAGAGAUUGUACAAAAAGCAGAGAUGUGUUGUAUCCCCCUUCAAAACACCAUUAUGAUGUUAACUAUUUUAUAAAUUAGCAACUCUGGAUAGAAUUUUUGCCACCAUUUUGUUCUAUUUAGAAGAUUAAUUUUGUGCGGCUUUGUUCUUGUGAAAAAAUGACUUUAAAAAAAUCACAUCUUUAAUGCUCACAAAACACGUCCACUUUUAUUCCCUUCCAAUUAAUGCUUUUUGUGGGAGGGGGGAAAAGGGGUCCAGGUACAGCCCCUGAACUCCUAAUGUCAAAGAAACGCCCCUGGACACAUACUUAGCAGCAGUAACAGAUGCAUCUAUCCAGGAAGAUUGAAUCAGCCAUGACUACAAAUCUAUUUACUAAAGAUAAUUUAAAAACCAGGCUAAGAUGGACGAAGUUUUUAACACGGGCUGUUAACGAUAAUGGCGGCAAAAAGCGGCUAACGUCAAAUAUUAAACCGACGUCGCUUUGCUAGCUUGUUGUUGUCCCUGUCGCCGACAAACACCUGGAAAAGUUUAGGAAUGAAAAUGAGACAGAAGUUUGGAGACUAAUUAGAAGUAAGUAAUAAAUACUGUGCCCUUCGACUAACUCAACUUGUCGAAGAAAUUAAAAACAAAACAAAUAUUCAUCUCGUUGUUUGUAUUGUUAAUUAUAUAACUUUAGCCGGUCUCGUCUUCGUUUGGGUAAAUCAUUUUGCACGAGCGUUUACCGUCUUAACUUUCGUUAAUAACACUGUCAUUUUGACCUUUCUGAGAGAUGAGAAAAAGAUCAUUUUUUCUGUUUUCAAAUCAUCCAUUUUCUUAAUCAGUAAACAGAGACAAAAAAUUGUCGAAGUUAAAACUUCAUUUUUUAAUUGAAGCUCUUCUGAGGACUUUUUGUCUUUUUGACUUACAGGCUCAGAUUCUGGUCCUAAUUGCUCCAUAAAACUCAAAAUACAAAGACAAGUGCAAAUCUUGUCAGAGUGAAUAAACAAAGGACAUGUAUAUUCAGUUUUCUGUCUUUUUCUGCUUGACUUCUGCCUCCUCUGUAUUAAACACACUCAAGAAAAGGCAGACAUCCUCAGUAAACAAAGAUAUUCAAGCCAUGUAGGUUGUUUGGCCAUUUAAUGUCCCCAAGACUUCUUCUUCUUUUAUCUAAAUACAGUGGCGGUAAAUUAAAAUGUGUUUGCUGGACUCACACCGUUAGAGAUUACAUCUUAAAUAUUCAGCAGCAACAUUUUCUCUUCAGACACAACGUCUGUUUUACUGAAGUUUCCUCUAAAUAACCCACCGAUCUUGAUCUAACUCGCAGAUAUUAGGGUCUUCGGAUGACACUUUUUGUAAUCUGGCUGAUUCAGAUUCGUUUCUUCCUCCCUGAGUCUUCCACUCAGGCAUCUGUUCAGUCCACCCAGCCAUCAAUCACUCCCCAACACCUGUAAUUCACCUCCAUCCAUCACCACUCUUCGUCCGGCCGUCACCACCCCAUCAACCCUCCCUCCUGUUUACUAAAUACAACACUCAGCUCCUGCAGCGUCUAACACCCUGUUAACAGUCAUUUGUCUCUUUAUAUAUCCUUCAGACAAGCACAUUUUCAAAAGCUGACAUCCUCUUGACAAACCACUCUGAGAAUCUCAGGAUAUAAACAGAGUAAUUAUGUAAGAGAGAAGAAAAUUAACCCGUCUCCAUUUCUCUUCCAGGUACAGCUCACGGCAUCGUCAUAAACACCGGUGAUCGAACUGUGAUGGGCCGCAUCGCCACGCUUGCGUCAGAGCUGGAAGUCCGCCGCACGCCCAUCAACAUUGAGAUUGAACAUUUCAUCCACAUCAUCACAGGUGUGGCUGUCUUCCUGGGCGUGAGCUUCUUCGUCUUGUCACUCAUCCUUGGAUACACCUGGUUGGAGGCCGUCAUCUUCCUCAUCGGCAUCAUCGUGGCGAAUGUGCCAGAGGGACUGCUGGCUACUGUCACUGUGAGUGCUGCGCAUAAAUGCUUCUGAUACAGAUCUUAUGAAGUAUUUAUUGUAUUAAACCAACAAAAGAUUUGCAAAUAGACAUUUUCAUACGAUUUUAUUGCCGAGAACAACCUCUUCUUGUUUCUGCUGCAAGGAAACAAAAAAUAAUCCCCCCGUAGCAAGGACAGCUUAUCUUCUGGGACAAAAAGAUGUUUAGCCUCAAAAACAGUCCUAAACUAUUGUUGUUAUCACUACAGUCCUCUUUAUUUUCAGCAUAUUUCUAAAGGAACUGAACUUAACUGUGGUAAUAAGAAGUGCUGUGUAGGUGGAGAUGCUUGUUUUGGCAGAUGGCUUUUUUUUUGUGUUAAAUUUAAACUGAAUGAUAAAAAUAUAUAAAGACAAAUCAUCUUUCUGGGAGAGAUCACACUAAACACGGUCACAACAACAUUAUGAAUUCUUACCAGUUAAUAGGUGCAACUAUCUGUUUCUGCAACAAGGAGGCAUGGUCACAAGCUGAGAUAUUUUCAGGUUUGCAUUCAUGAUGAGACCUUUCUCCAGUCGUCCAUCAAACAAACAUGCUAUAUUUAUGCUUCAUUACCUUUUUCUGGCCUCAACUAUUCAUGAGCGAAAAUAUCUCUCACAGCUCUGAAUUUGAAAAAGUAAGGACACUCUGUGAAGGUUUACUAAAAGCAGAAUUUGAUGAUCUGUAAAUCAUUAAAACCCCCAAAAUAGAGCAAAGAUAACAUAUAAACAAAUGCCUUAAAAAGUUGUGUCCCUUAUCUUAUUACUGUAUUUUUCGCACUAGAAGGUGCACUUAAAAUCCUAUAAUUUUCUCAAAAAUCCUCAGUUCGCCUUAUGUAUGAAUUCUGGUUGUGCUUACUGACCUCGAACCAAUUUUAUGUGGUACACAGCACUCAAAAAUCUGUCAAAAUGUUUUAUUACGACUUCGGUAAGCUACAAAGCCGCACAGCCUGCUGGCUUGUCGGAGCACUGCAGCUACCACAGCCUCACAAAGUUAUUGAACGAGUGAAAUAAAGUUUGACUUAUAUGGCUGUUUUAUUUGGCUUAAUGUGCUUUAUAAUCCGGUGCGCCUUAUGUAUGAAAAUAGACGCAAAUAGACCCGUUCAUUGAUGGUGCGCCUUAUAAUCAGGUGUGCCUUAUAGUGUGAAAAAUACAGUAUAUGCAAUAAAAACAGAAAUAACUCUGUAGUGAAAAUCACUGCUUGAGUAUGUGUAUGUGUCAUGUAGCACAAGUUAAUCUAUAAAAUUAGAAUGUCAUUGUGCUGAAUAAACUCAGAAGAUUCUAAACUCAAAAAAAGGAGAGAAGUAAACUGAUAUCAAUAUUCAAACUCAAGAGACUCAGAUAAGGUUACUCAAAAUAUUCCAUUAAAAAAAUCAAAACACACAAAUUAAGUAACUGCAACGAUCAAAAAUAACCAGGGGUCCUUUUCCCAAUAAUAUGGUUUUAAGAAAAAAUUAUGAUUCCUUAGAGUCCUUUUCCAGGCUCUGAUCCUAAAGAAAAUCCGAGGGGGAAAACCUGACCAGGGUGACAAGGCCAGAACAAGGUUUAGACUAACAGAACUUAAAUAUAUGCACCAUUUUAACAAAAAAACUUUACCUUUAAACACUUAAAACACAUACCAUGCCAUCAAUCAGCGAUGAUGAUGAACAGGUGGGCAAUAUCAAUCACCAAUUCGCGCUCUUUACAUCCUGAGGUUAUCCGUGUUCGGGUUAGAUCAGUCCUCCUAGUUUGGGUUGUUUAAACUGCAGUUUUGGCAGCUUUGUUCAGCUACCAUUGGCUGGCAGCGCUCACGCAAGAUUCAGAGGUGAUUUGAUAAAACUCCGCUAUCAUGACAUGAAUUAUUUCAACACAACAUAUUUCAACAUCUUUUUAUCCCUUUUUUAACUUAAAUUUUUUUUUUUUUAAGAUAUUAAUCUGGUCAUUUCUGUGACCUGGGUUCCACUUAACAUCACUCUAAAAACCAUCAGUUUGUUUAUAUGUCCACAAAUGUUGUUCAAAGAGGCUCCCCACUGUAAGAGGAGAGUAACCUCUGAGCUUGUUACCAGUCCUCAGUUCAGACUCCUGCUGCGGUGACAGUGUGGGGGUGUAUAAGUGUCUUUUUGAUGGUCACAUCUGGGAAGACAUCAUUAAUGCUGAGCGAAAUAAACUGUACAGCUUUGGAGCGACAUACGCUGCCAUCCAGACGAUGGGUAGACCUCGCAGAUUUCAGCAAGAAAAUGCAAAACCGCAUUUUGACACAUUCUGACAGCGCACGGGCGUAAGGGUGCGAAACCUCGCUCAGCUGUCACGCAUUGACAACAUUUGGCAUGUCAUAAAAUGAAAAACACAACAUAGGGGAUCCUGAACUGUUGAGCAGCUGAAAUCUGAUAUCAGGAAAGAGAGAGAAAAACUGGACGAGAGAGUGUCGUUGAAAGAAGAGGAAACGCAACAGUUAACACACCGCUGCACCAACAAUUUUCAAGCCUAAAAACAUAAACAAACUUUUUCACUUUCAACUAGGGUGCAAAAUUUCAGAAAUUUUUCAAGUUGGAAACUUUCCACUGGAAUUAAUGGGGAUUAGAGGAAUAAAUGGGAAUAAAUCUGAAAUGUACAAAAUUGAAGGUUGGCCCUCAUCAAGGAUAUAGUAUAUAUAUAGUUGGGGAAAAUCUAUUGUAGCAUAAUCUUGGUGGAUUUAAUGCAAGUACACUCUUGAAUCACAUGUACACAGCACGCUGCUUUCUGCAGGGCUAUUGAGGCCACACCCCCUACAUGCACUGUGCAUUCCUCCAUCACAUGUACAGAUGAUUUCUUGGAUGCUACACUUAAGAGCCCAAAGCACAAGACAUUUGAGCCCACGGAUUAUAUAAAGUCAAGUUUUGAUAAUAUCAUGGGGUAAAUAUAUUUGACCUAUAAUAGUAUUAAUAUUUAACUUGCAAAAAUUUUAAAAAGGUGCUAAAUGUAAGAUAUUUUCAUUUCAUGGACCAUUGAAGAGGCCACCUUAAAUGUGAUGCUAUUUCUUCUGACUCCUGCAAGACAGUUUUCUGUAACCGUACAGUAAUUUAUACAUAAAUUGUCAAAUAUUUUGAAGACCAUUCCAGUUGUUUAGCCAACUAUAUAUCUGUUUAUGCCAUUGUUAAUCGCCAUUAUUUGUAUUAUUUUGCAUGGAUGUCUUCUUAUGACAAAACAAAAAUAUUUACAUUUAUAUUUGGAUAUGAUACAGUUUGUUUGAAUUAACCCCAAUUUCCAAUUAAUUCCCAAUAAUUUCCAUAUAAAGUUUCCAAUUUGGAAUAUUUACAAAACGCCCCAGCUUAACUUCCCAUGGAAAGUUUCUGGAAAUUUACCAGACACCCCUUUGCAACCCUACUUUCAACAAUUGCCAAUGCUUUUAAUGAAAUGUAGGCUUUAAAUAAUCCCUCCACCACAUGCUCCCAGGCUUUGUUUGUGUUAGCUGUGCAGGUGUAGAACUUUGUGUGUUUCUCAUUAGUGGAAACAGCCUGAAAACCCAAAACCACAAACCUCAGAGGGGGCUUGAAAUCUCUUAAAAUCUUAAAGAUGAAGGCAGACUUUGUCAUUUGCUCUUGAAAGCUUUCUUUUUUGAGCAGCUGUUUCCUCAUUAUAUGCAGUAAUUUCAUCCUUUGUUAACAUUAAAAGUAUCGAUUAGUGCAGCUUUUAACAAGCCAGUUGUUGAGCCCCUGAUAAAGUGCCUGCUGGCUCGCUGUCAUGGCUUACUGGCACACCUAAAUGGAACAGAGCCACCGUCAAUGUUAUUAGUUACACCUUUGCUUUUCCUAACUCUAAUUUACCUUCGCUGACUGUUUUAGCUUUAGUGCUAAUGAUGAUACGGAACACAGCUAAGCAGGUGAUUUAUUACCCGCUGCUGGAGUGGAAGUGAAUCUAACUUUUUCUGCAACAAUAAACAAAGUGUGAGUGGAGGAGGAUGCCAGUUGGCAUUUGAAAUGCCAUCAGUCGACAUUUCACUGGUCCCUGAAAAUAAAUUGACUUCCACUGGCUGCUGCUUUCUGGAGCUGCCUCUGCUUUCAGCACACCGCGAGUGGAGUGUGGGAAUGUUUGUUUGUGCUGCGGUUGGUAUAAUGUGAGAAAUACGGUCAAUGUGAAAUAAUGUGCGGUGAUGAGUCUUCUUCAACAUACGGGCUGUGUCUCUGCAUCGUGUUUCUUCUGUGCCCGCGCACCUGCUGUUAACCAGCCAACCAAAAUACACUCACACAUGCACACAACAGCAACACACUCAAACGCUUAAGGCAUCUGGACCACGCAUGGUUACACAUGCACAAGCACUUGAACGCACCAGUGCGUACACAUGCUCUCUCCCCACGUCGACUAACAAUCAUCCCUGUCUCUCUCUCUCUUCCUUAUCCUCUCCUCUUCCUCCUUCUCUCCUCCCUCUAUCCCCCCCUCCACCUCCUGCCUCCCACCGUCCUCCCAGGUGUGUCUGACUCUCACUGCCAAGCGGAUGGCCAAGAAGAACUGCCUGGUGAAGAACCUGGAGGCCGUAGAGACUCUCGGCUCCACCUCCACCAUCUGCUCCGACAAGACGGGCACGCUGACCCAGAACCGCAUGACCGUGGCCCACAUGUGGUUCGACAACCAAAUCCACGAGGCUGACACUACUGAAGACCAGACGGGUGAGACAGAGAGAGGUUGGAAGAGAUGAAGAGAGAGGAAAAGAGAGGGAGAGAUAGAGAUAGGGAGAGUGUGGGAACGCAGAAGUGGGAGUGUGACCACCUGCUGAAAUUCAUCUGUCCAAUGUUCACGCCGCCAACUGACAUUGCUGUUCGCACUAGCGCUCGGAUUAAUUGAGCAGCGGCAUGUGAGGGCGGAACAACCCUCGGCUACAAACACGUCUUUUCCCAGAGUUCCCCAGCUUGAGCGCGGCCGCAGAACCAAUCAGAUCCAUGUGUCAAUCCAAACGGCGCACAAACGGAGCCAAAUUUCAAAGAAGCUGUUUGCAAUAUUAGAGAGGUUUGGAAGGCAACAUAACAGGUGUCGCAUGCAUACCAAUGAGUGUGAGUCAGACGAUUGUGCAGUCGUACAAUGAAUAGCCAAUAGUGCUGAAAAAGGCUGUGCAGCUGAAACAGAGCGAGCGCCCGAGGAAACACAGACUAUUCAUUUUUUAGCUGCACAGACUGUUUUUCUGCAGCUUUUUCAGCUUUUUGCACCUCGUUUUGUCGAGUUCAACAACUGCAGCCACAGUUUGCUGCUGUGUACUCGGUGUUGCUUGACGCUUCUGUAUUCUGUUUUCACAAUAACAGGGACAGUGACCGCUCCGGAGGGCCCGGGAUAAAUAAUAGAAAAAUGAAUGCAGGCAGCUGUAAGAAGAAGACCGCGGGUCAUUUUCAGUCGGAUCAGGCGUAAGAAGGAUGAAAUUUUGAUGCCAGAAAUUUCGUUGGAGUUGCUUAUUUUUCCAAACUUUUUCCUCCAAAAAUGUUUUUUUUUUUAAAGGCAGGGGAUGUGAAAAAUCACUUGUCAUGGAAAGAAGUGAUUGCUUGUCUUGACCGACCCCUGUUGUUAAGCAACAAUAUUCAGUGCUUCACUGUGAACUGAGAGUCAAGUCAGCGGCAUAAAUACUGCAUGAGCCCCACUUUAAAACAAAAACACUCUAACACAACUCCCUCUGCUAUUCUCCCAGGUUCGGGUUUUGACAAGAGCUCUGCUACUUGGGCUGCUCUGUCUCGAGUGGCCGGACUGUGCAACAGAGCUGAUUUCAAAGCUGGACAGGAGAACUUCCCCAUCCUGAUGGUAAGAGCCUCCACCACUCCUGCACAGACACACACACACACACACACACAGGAGCCGGCGUUUCAACAAGCGCAGGCGUUUCCGAACCGAUGCACCGAUGCUUCAGUCUCAUGAAUUAUCUCCACUCUCCCAGGCAGCGGGGUAUAACAGCUUUAGUUUAAUCCAAGGACGUUAGGAGCAGGCCGUCUUACAUUAGGAUCAAAUAAUGCAUGCACAUUAUUCAUAAGACAUGAUUCCGCCUACUUGGUUUGCCAGUAGGGUGAAGUUAACAACAUCAGGGCAGUGUCAGUCGAGCUGUCACUCAAGGAGGAAGCAGAGGUGGAAGAGGUAGUCGGUUGGUAUUAAUAAGUAAAGUCGCCUUAUUUAAUGUAAUAUUACUUAUAUCAUUAUGAAGAGGAAGCUAAUACUUUACUGUAAUGAAACAGCAGCACGUUAUCCCACUAAUUAGCAUCGUCUUUGAAGUCACAGUCCAGUACAGCUAACUCCACUGUAACCCACUUCCAAUUAAAACACAGAGGACUCCUACUGUACUCCUACACAUGGGUGGCCAUCUCUUUCAAUGCAAUAAUCAGCGCAGAGGUGCCAGCUCAGCUCGGGGCUCAGCGCCUGUUGAAAAUGUCAUACUACGGCAAGUCCACUCAGACAAACUAUAUUGUGCUCCAUUUAACGAAUCAAAUGUGCACGGCUAAAAGCCCUUCAUGAUUUUCUUUAUUUCCAUUUGUUGAUUAAAUUGACCUUGAAACUUUCUCUCUGUAUCAUACAGAGAAUUACAAUUUACUGUACUGUGAUUUCUAGACGGCUUUUAUUGUAUAUGUUAACUUUUCUAAAGGAAAAAUAAAAAUAAAGGAUCUGUUUAUUAAAAGAUAGUUUUGCUUUUAUUCCACAUUUCCUUUUGGCGAUCGAAUAGAGGCGGUGGUACAGAUGUCAUUAGUCCCCUUUGAUAAGUAGCGAUAGAUUGCUUCAUAAAAUUCGUCCAUGUUUUCUCAGAAGCAUUAUAAUCCCGUGAAACCUAAUCUGUCGAAAUCCGCUUCAGUAAUGUCCGGACCAACCAUAAUCCUAUAGUCUGACGUCAUCAACAGGCGCCAUGCCCCAAGCCGAUCUGGCCAUAGACAUAAUAUACGUAGACGCCUCAUAGUCUGACGCUACCUAUUGGAGCUCACGUAUCAGCGCGGCCGCCAUCUUGGAUGGGUCCCCCAUGCGCCUCCAGUGUAUUAAGGUAGGUAGGAAUGCCCAACCAAUUUUAAUAAUAACUCUCUGAAUCUCUGCCCGAUUUUCACACUGUUUGGUUUUUUAUAUCGGCAGGGAUGUAGACGUAUUACAGGACAAUGUCACAGAUUAAAAACAAACCAAACUAUUUUUCGAUCCUAUUUGUAAUAUGUAUUCUUACAUGAUCUGGUUUCAAUACUGUGUCAGGUUUUUCAACCAUAGAGUGCAAAAAUACGGGCAAAGUUGUUCAUUCUCCACUGCCCCCAUUUGGCUCUUGAGCGAGCCUGGAGUGGAGAGACCCAUCCAAUAUGGCGGCGACGCUGGAUUACGCCCCGGCACGUAAUGAGGCCUCUACGUAUAUAAUGUCUAUGGAUCUGGCAGUUUGAAUACAUCUGGUACCUACACCAGCUUUAAAUGGGCACAUACUGUACUCACCGUGUUUUUAGUCAUUUUCAAUAAAACGACUAAAUGAAGAAAUUAAUGUCUUCUCUAUCCAUCUGGGAGGUACCUGUACUGUUGAUUCAUACUUCUCAGAAAUUAAUGUCACUGUGGUUAAUGUUGGAAACACUGACAAAUUAAGCUAACAGUAAUUACCCCAUGCUGUUAAGAAGUGGUGGAGGACAUAAUUAUAAACACUGUUAAAAAAAAUAAAUAGAUAAAAAACAGGAGCGAUUAUAUGUUUUAAAAAGGCCUGGGUGUUAAAUCAAAACAUAAACAUAUAAUUUAAAAAUGAACUUAAAUUAAAAGGACUCUUAAUUUGGGAUAAUAGCUGCGUUCAGUGUUACAGUAUCAUUUCAUAGUGGCGCACAAAGAGAGAGAGAGUGUGACUCUUCAUGUGUGGGACUAUUUAGUUUGAAAGCAUUUAGAUAAGGGUUUAUAUGUGGGUGAGUGGGUGAUUAUUACCAACUGAAGACACAAACACUAUAUAUUAAUUUAAAGAUAAUAUUGUUGAUGUAGAAAUAAUUUGAACAACAAUAAUCCGACCAACAUUACAUUUCUCCAUGUGACAUUCAUGUUAAAGACUGGUGAGCCUUUACCCACAAAUCCCAUGUGUCGUGCCCUCCAAAUAAAAUAAAAGUCGUGUUAUAUUCUCCAUGUGAUGCUUUCAACAGGAAGAGGUGAAAUCAUAAACUUCAUAAAUAUGCUGCUCUCAUUUCAGCCGAUCUAAUUGAUAUGACAUGUGUGAUCUUGCUCUUGCUUUUCAGAAUUAAUCACUAUUGUUGAGGGUUUUGACCAAUCAGGAUUAAGUAUUUAACACAAUAGGGGGUAAAGAAGGCCAGUAUUAAUAUACAAUAAUCACUUAAUGACUACAUCAAACCUUUACCUCAUGGCCGACCAAAUAGUAUCCUCUACAGUGUGGUGUGUGAUAACCCGGGGUUAUCGAUGCAAUACAACACAAAUAGGUCAAAUAAAUCAGCCAACAAGCAUGUAAAAUGGACGAGCAUCCAAUCAAAACCAGAGCACGCAGAACUCUACACAAGAGACCGGGUCUCAUCAGCAGUGGUAACCCAUCACAUACAAAUGAGCACAGUCAUGUCUCAGUACAAUUAAGACAUGAAAUGCAAGGGUCGUGCAUCAGCAAACGGGCCUGUAACAGCAUCCAUCCGUGCGAAGUAAAUACCAACACAAACAGGCGGGACUAGUCCCGAGGGAUCCAACACAUACAUUACAGUUUGAGCCAUAAAUAAAACUGUGAGCAGGGAGGAGCCUGGACUCUAAAGGAGGAACAGAGGAAGGAACUGUUGAGCUUCAUAUACAUGCUUAGAAAAAACACAGAGAAAAGUGUCACCAGUUUGGGGAUUUCAAACGUUUGUUUUGUGUCUUUAAUGAGUGAACCUUUGAUUACUGUAACAUACAAAACAAUACAAGAAUUUAAUUGAUCCCCAAAACAGAAACUUAUCCUUCUGGAAUAUCAUCUACUAUUUGUAGAGGAAUUAUAAAGUCUGAUGGCUGUGAGAACAAAAUAUCUUCUGAAGAGAGGAGCCAUCCACCACCGCUGUUCUUUUCUUAAAACAUGAUGUCGAGUCUGUAUCCUCAUGAUUGUUUCUUGGAGAACAUCACAUGGAACUUCAGCCGUUGCCUUGGAUGGGAUGUAAACAAGUAUUGUUAUGACAUGAUUGAACUCUCUUAGAACAGAUGGUGCGUUCCAUUUACCUCAGAAGUCAGAAGUUGGAGCUGGGAAUGACGUCACACCUGAGUUAUCAGUGUUUCCAUUACAAAGUCGGAAAAAAGUAGCCAACAGCCAAAAAUGGAAGCAGAAACAAGAUGAGUUCAUCUACAAAAGUUAUUCUCGCCUAGUCAGAAUGUAGACAACUCCUGGACAAACAUGCGGUCCUUCUGCAACCUCCGAACAUGGUGGAUGAAGAAGAAACACAAAGUUGCAGAAGGUAGCCUAUUUUUCUCAUUACAGGAGCUUCUACUUACUGUUUACAACCGACGCCGCCAUCUUUAAAUGUCAACUGCGGGGUUGUGUGGAUUGUGCGACUUUCCGAAUUGGAAAUCAAACCUCAGGGCUCUUUCCAGUUGAAAGUUCCGAACUGGAGCUCGGAAAUCCCAUAUAGUAUAACUGUAGUUCAACAUCUGGACAAAACAACUUCUCCUUGACAGUUAUUUGUGAAGGGUUACUCCAUCUCUUGUUAACAAAUAAAGCCAGACCUCCUCCUUUCUUCUUGCUACCAGCUUUAGCAUCUCUGUCUGAACCUAUGAGAGUGAAACCAGGUAGAUCCACACUGGAGUCCGAGUUGCUUUGAUUAGAGAGACUACACUUUCUCAGUCUUUACCAGUAUCUCCAGCUCAUCGCUUUUGUUGGGCAAAGAGUUGAUGUUUCCCAUGAUGACUGAUGGAAGAAAGGGUUUAUAUCGCCGUUUCCUAGCAGGACAACCACGAAAACACCUCCAGAUGUCUGCUGGAUUCGGAUAUUGUCACUCAGAUUUGCUUUGUCUGGAGCUGCCUCUCUUGAAUAAACUCAUCAGCAGUUGACAAAAUAUGAUAAAAAUAAAAGAAAUAAAGGAAAAGAGACCAGACUUUGCUGAUCCUUGGUUGAGCUCAGGCUCUAGAAAGAUACAAACAACCAUAUGGAGCCUCUAUAGCGAUUCUUUAGGCUAAUGAUCAUACAUCCAAUUUGUUUGUCUGUGAAACACUCCAGCACUCUACUGUUGUUCUUUGGUGGCAGGAGAUCGAGGACAAAGUAGUCAAAGUUUUGAAUUAUAACGUCAGACUUUCCCAGUGUCACUUUCAGUUUUAGUCUUUUUAAACUUCGUGACACAGCUGUAUUUCUCAGCCACUUGACAGUUCAACGUCUCUGCCUCAGUGAUCUCAAAGCUGACACCCAAACUCGGCCUCAGAUGUUAAACAACUCGCUGCGUCUCUCCAUCUUCAGUUGUGAGUGACAGUCGGCCUCAGCCAAGAGGGGACCACUCGUAAGAAGAGGUGCCGUUUAUAUCUUUCUGAAGACGAAAAUAUUGAAGAAACAAUAUCAACAGUCUGGAAAAGUGGAGUUAGAAGUAUUAGUAAUCAUGUUUUCCUGUCAGCAAACUUACAGUAGCUUUCAAACACCUGCGGGGUAAACUAGAGUAAAUCUGUCAGGACACAGAUACAGUCAAGUUCAAGCACUUGUUGAGUAAAUAAACUUGUUUUUGUUUCUGUGGCCCGCUGAGCCUCACCCACAUGGCACCUACAGGGAAAAAAACAACCCACAAAAAUAAUUUGUCAAUACCUCUUGACACUCAUACUGGCUUACACGCUUAGCCUCCUUCUCACACAUAAACACACACAUGCUGAGGAUAAUCCAAUGCACCCCUGGAAAUAACUCCCCCACACUGCUCCACAAACACACACACUGCUGGGUCUGUAAGUCGAUAAUAUCCCAGUGUUUCUGCAAACCGCCGGACUCCAACCUGAGCUACACUGACCUGAAGAAAAUUCUCUGUGUGGCUCUCAGCGACCGGGAUUACAACUCCUUGACUCUGGCGAGAACGGGCCCUGCCUCUCCGCCCCUCCGGCUGACCGGGGGCCUCCUCUCUGCUUCAAGUAACAACCAUAUCUUCUGACAGCACUCAAACACAGCAGUCAAGGCCUACGCUCCGCUACCGUUACACCAACAAGUCACCAUCUGUACCCGGAAAAAAGCAGAGAAAUGGAAUUUCCUCGGUCUAUUUACUCAUUCAUGAAAAAGGCACAAACAAGGACAAAUCUUUCGGAGCGUGUGUCCUUGUUUUGCGGCUCUCCAUGAAUGAAUAAACAGGAACAAAGAGAAAUCUCUUGUCUUGGUUCGGCCUCCGUCGAUAUAUUUGGCGCCGGGUCAAUCAGUUCAGCAUGGGUUUUAAUAAAUUGGCUCCAAGACUGAGAUGAAUCGCUGUGAUCAUUAUGGGAUUUUUAUCAAGAGGAGAUUAUAUAGGUUAUCAGAGGGGGGUUCUCUUUUAUUUUACCUCUCCUGGAUGAUUCAAACACUGAGAAAUCAGAUCCAACACGCCGGCUGAAGCAGAUACAAACCACAAAAACAAAAAACAGGAAUCCGAACAUAAGAUAAUUCUCUCUGAGCCUUACAUCGAAGCCUCCGCACCAUCUGUGCUCGUGUAAAUCAGUGAGAAGGUGUCUCAGUCAGCAUAUGCUCAAACUUUUGGAGUUUUAUAAAUGUUAGAACUUAUAAAUUACUUUUUUUUAUAAACAAUGAAAACACAUUGUUUGUGUUUGGAGUGGUUUUAGUUUCAUCAUUUGUCUGUUGCAUGUAAAGCCACUGUAUUGGUCCCGCGCUCCCUGCAGCCUUACGUGAAACACUCUGUAACCAAUUUCGUUGUCAUAAUGGAUCAUGAUUUCAAAUUAGAUAAACAGAUCAAUUCUUGUUUUUACCAUUUGACGCUUUUAUCUAACAUUAAAUUGGUUUUAUCUUUUAAUGAUUUACAGAGUGAUACAUGCUUUUGUUUCGACUAGACUCGACUACUGUAACGCUCUUUAUGUAGGCGUGAACCUGGCCUCCCUGUUCCGCCUACAGCUAGUGCUGCUCGGCUUAUAACUGGCUCCCUGUUCAUUUCAGGAUUCAUUUUAAGACUUUAUUGUUUGUUUUUUGCUUUUUUGUUGUAAACUCAGCAGCAGCAGGUGACUGUCUAACACGAGUCUGGUUCCACUCAAGGUUUCUGCCUGUUAAAGGGAAGUUUUUCCUCGCCACUGUCUCUCAUGUUUGAUGAGAUGGGCGAAACGGUCACCCUGUCGAGCCCUGUGGAGUUGUGUGGUCUGUCUCUGACUGUUCUUUUAUUGGAUUUUUAUUUGCUCUUACAGUGUUUUUAUUUUAUUUUUUAUUUCUUCAUUAUUUAUCUUUCAAAGUGUUUUAAUUUUUUUUCCAAGUGUUGUAUAAUUUUUCAAAUGUGGUUUUAUUAUGAUUCUUUUAUUUUAUUCUAUUUCGUUCUCCGACAGCGUUUUAACUUAUUUUACUGUUGAUUGUUUUUUUUUUUUUAAUUGUGCUAUAUAAACAAAGAAGUGGAUUAGAGUGGAUUGUUUAAAAGUUUGAAUUGGUUGAGAAAUUGAUACUGAUGCCUCUUUUCUCUCAUUACAAAGAGGGAAACCAGAUGAUUGGCAACAGCUUUUAAUAGUGAUUGAUGUAUUUCAUUGUACUUAAGCAGGCGCACUUUGAAAUUAUAGUAAUCCAGUAUAAGAUCGAAUAUUCAACGAUUCACCCCAUAAUUAAAUAGGAAAUAUUGCAGCUCUUGUUCAUUAAAUCACUUUUAUUUUAUUUAAGAGGGUUAGUUAUUCACAAAAGAGAAAAUAAGAGCCAAAUUAUUUGCCCAGAGGCUGUUUUGUAAUUGAGUUUACCCGAGUUAUUUGAGGAGUCAUUUAUACCCUUUUUAUGUUUCUCCACCAAAGACUUCCAGCAGAACGUAAACACUUUAAAACCCACAUUUACAAUAUAAAGAAAAGCAGUGAAAUGAAGCUUGAAAACGGUCAAACUUCGAGUGUUUGAAUCCAGGUGAUUCCUAAAAUACUGUUAUUACGAAAACCAUGAUUGAUGUAAAGGAAGUCCUCUCAGGUACAGCUUUGUACAGCAGCGUGAUAAACACAGGAAGUGGGCAGAACAACACUCAUUUCUAAAUAUGCAUAUGCGAGCGACUGUGCUAAUGUAUGUGUGUGUGUUUCCCCAGAGGGAGACGGCGGGGGAUGCGUCAGAGUCGGCUCUGCUGAAAUGCAUUGAGCUGUGCUGUGGGGGUGUUCGUGACAUGAGAGGCCGGAACCCCAAAGUGGCGGAGAUCCCCUUCAACUCCACCAACAAGUACCAGGUACCGCAGGAGACUCAAGAUCUGGUUUUUGGCUUUUUGCUUCAGUAGCUGAGGAUGUACAUCUGAGUUUGUGUGUGUGUGUGUGUGACUGUGUCAGAGGGCCCAUCACAGAGAAAGUGCGCAUGAUGGAGAGCUUGUUUGGAGUUUUGGACUGAGCAUGUGGGACUUUAGCAGUGACCUUGUCUUGUGGUGUUCACUUAUCAGUCCUCUACCAGAAGCAGGUUAUUUCUUAACUCUCAGUCCUGUUAAAGAACUAAAUCAGUGUGUGUGGAUGCUGCUGUGUGUCUCUGUUAGGGCUGGGUGAUAAAAUCAAUCACCUCGAUAUCGCCUCGAUAACCAUAAAUGGACGAUAACUACUCCACAAGCUGCUCACCCCCUCCCACAUUAACUUUGUCUAUUUCAGGCACUACAACUUUUGAACCGUCCUCCAUCUCCUCACCUGUCUUUCAUAACACCGAUAUAACAAACUAACAUAACAAAUUUCGAUAUCAGUAAAAUAUCGGGUUAUCACCCAGCCAUAGUCUCCAUAUUAGCAAAUUAGCUCUUACACUUUUUUAUCAUAAGAUUUAAUUUCAUCAAAUGAUUUUUUUCUUAUUUCAUUAGUUUUGCAGUGAUACACAGAAUGACAAGGAUUUAUUAUUUUCAGUUUGUAAACAUAUCAUUCAAAAUUAGCCCCUCCCUCCAUCUCAUCCGGUGUCAGUCAGUCAAGAAAAGCAGGAGGAUAAUAGUGACAGAGCGGUUUUACUCAGAACAAAGCUGUGUUUUUCAUGCUUUCAGCCGUUUGCAGGUUUUUUGUUUUGCACGACAGUUGUGUUUUAUAACCCAAAUUAACACACCCACAGCUUUGCAUGGUCAUGUGGGCGCUUACUUUUUUGUGUAAAAUCAGCAUUGCUUCGUUUUGCCUACUGCAGUCUCUCUGAGGAACGAAAUCCAGAUAUAACGUUGAAGCCCACGUGAAAUGCUCUUGGUUUGGAGCCAGUGAUUUAAAGUUCAGAACAAAAGACAUUCACACAUACAUUUACAGUUAAUGUUAUAAUGCUGGUAACUGGAGGUAUAAUAUGUAUGUAGAUUGGACCACCAACCUUCUGUCUGAAUUACAAUCAACUCCACUACCACCCACAGUCGUAAGCUGACCAGUGGGGUCCACAAAUAUAGCAGCUGAGCAAAGUGAUUGCAACAACCAGGCUGUUAAGUUGAGCACAGUGGGGCAGAGAGACUUUUUUUUUUGUCAUCUACUUGUAUUUUGAAAGAGAUCCUAGUUUAGCGGUUUUAUGGAGAGCCUGAACAUCCCGAUAGAAUAUUCCUUAAAACGCCCAAAUCUUGAGUUAUUUCCCUGAGUAAUGCAUCAGAGCCGCAGAGUUAGAAGUAGGGUCAAAGGAAAUGAUAGUUUACUUGUUUUAUUGGCCCCGCGACUCUGGAGCUGUUUGCUCGUUCAGGAUGAUUAGGUCCUACAUUUUUGGGUCCAUGUUCCUCUGCAGCAGCUUUCUUUGGAGUGAAGGAGACAUCUUUGUCCGGGGCUGCAGCCGCUGUUUCCCUCACAGAUACACACAAGUUUUUCUGAGGCCUGCCUUACACACUGAUUUUACUGCACAAAGUUUAGCCCAAGAAAUGUUUGAAAAAAACAGCCACUACCACAUAUUUCUGUUGGAUCAUAAGUGGAGUUUGAGAGACAUUGUUUUUCUUAGGGCUGGGCAAUAAACUGAAAAUUUACAGAUACCGAAAUUUACGACAAUAGCCGACGUCAUUUUGCCCAAAUCGGUUUAUUCUGUGUCAAAAAAAUGAAUAAAUAAAAGUUGGUUCUGGAUGUGUGUAGGUAGGCUUUGGUCUCAUGUCCCUUUUAAGACGCCGUCCUACAUCGGAGACUUGACUCCACCCCAUCCAGUCUGUAACAAAGAGGGAAAGACAGGUGAGGAGAUGGAGGACAGUUCAAAAGUUGUAGCGGCUGAAGCGGCGGCUAAAGUAGACGAAGUUAAUGUGUGAGGGGAGGAGCAGCUUGUGGAGUAGUUUUCGUCCAUUUAUUGUUAUCGAGGUGAACUGCUCAAUAUAUUGUGAUAUUGAUUUGAGGCCAUAUCACCCAGCCCUAUGACCACAUAUGUUUGUUUGCUGCUUGGUUCUUAUUCAGCACAUGAUUGGUUCAGCGCCGCACGACCCGGAGAAACUCCCCUUUUCAUUGGCUAAUCGUAGAGUCUCCCAAAACAUGUCAGAAUGCCAGUUAUCGAAAAAGCAUAUUGACCAUGUUUCAUAUCGAUAUCGAGGGAUAUUCAUUUUUAUCAUAUAUCAUUAUCGUUUUAUCGCCCAGCCCUACUUACAUGCGUAUUCAUUCUUAACCUUUUCAUCCUGGCAUCCUGAGCAUGCACGCCCUUUGACGUCGCCGCUCUGCUUUACAUUCCUGCCACAAAACACAACAUUGUUUAGAAGCAGUCGCAGCAUUACAAUGUGUUUUAUUUCUCACACUGGGCGACAAACCAGUACAUUAUGGCUGCUUGAAGGACGCCCUUUGUUGGAGAGAGGUUAACAGCCAAGUGGAGGCAUAUUUGGGAAAUCGGUUCUGGAGAAAUGAUAAAAUUCAUUUAAGAAAGAUACAAACCAGGAAUUGUGCAGCCCUACGACUCUGUAGUGGAAGCCUCAUUCGAGAAAAAGCAUCUGUAAACAGCAAAGACAGCGACAAAAUAUGUGUAAUUUCCCGAGCAUUAUCACAGCUUACACGGCAGCUCACAACAGGCUCUUCUGAGGGUCUUAAGUUAAGCUCUGUUACAUCCUUUGAGAGUCAACAGCCACACAGCAAAAACGAGAAGUUAAUACGAAACCACGCGGAGAAGAAGAAGAAGCACCUUAGUCAAGGGCGAAGUGGCAAUUAAUGCAGGGAGGAGUGAUUCUGAUUUCCACACCCAGUCAAUCCCACCCUGUCUGGAGAAUUGAACCAGCGAAUGAAUAACCCAAGAGUGAUGUAGGAGCAAACAAAAGAGCGUCUGCAUGUGUUUUGUUGGACCUGUUCCCUGACUUAAAAUAGGAAUGUCUGUGUGUAGAAGGAGAGGAGAGAAAAAAAAGCAAUUUUGUUCUGGUUUUCUGAGAUUAGAUAUGCUGUGACUCAGAUACAAAUUACUCGAGGCGGCGUGUGUGUGCUCUUCUGUGCGUGUGUGUUUGUGUGGGGCGAGGAGGAGGAGGAGAAAUGCUGAGGUGUAACGCCACAGGAAUACAUGUGAGCGUGGAUGAAUGCGCCUUCAACACGGGGAAUACAUACGACUUACCCUGUGCUCUCAGUCAUGUUGGUGUCGAGGUUUUCUUUUUUUUUCUCAUUCGCUUGUAAAAAUACGACAAAAAAUGAUCACCGGCUCUGACAUGAAAUCCAUCCUGAGCAGCACCUGGUCCUGGAGCCUUUACCUCGCUAAUAUAGAUACUUUUAUGGAGAACCAGAACCAGGAACUGUUGUUUAAAAAUCAAUUCAUCCAUGUUUAACCCUUACCGUAUGUUUUUUUCUUUUCUUUUUUUUUUCAAAGCUCUCUAUCCAUGAAGUGGAGGACAAUCCCUCUGGUCAUAUUCUGGUCAUGAAGGGAGCACCAGAGAGAAUCUUGGACAGGUUGGUGAAUCAAUAAUGGAUCGAUCAUGAGUCUCACAAGGAAGGCUGCACAACAUGUUUUCUUGUUCUUGUUCGUCAUUUAACUAUUCAUUUUCUUUCAAGGAUGGAUGGAGGGGGAAAAAAACAGACUACACCUCCUUUGAGAAUGAUGAUAUUACAUCCGUUUGUUGAUUUUUUAUUGUUGUAAAAUCCUCUAAAAGACUCAAACCAGCGUUAAUGGAUCCUGGUCCCAGCUGGUGUCUGUGUGUUUGAAACCUGAUGGAGCUUUAAAGGACUAUUUCAGACACGCGGCUGCAAUGUUGACGCACUGUUUACGCACCCUUUCAUCACUGUGACACAUUUGCACGCCGUAGUUUAUUUUGAGUCCGUCCCAUAGUCGCCCUCCUGCUGCCUUCAUUACUCACCGGAGCACCGAAUGUGUUUAAUUAAUCCGCCAGUGGAAACAGUCCCCGACAAAUUCACAACUACAAGGUCAGAGCUGUUUGGGAAAAUCUCCAGCUCCGUCUUAAAAACAAUUAGAGUUUGUAAAAGUGUUUCAGGAGGAGCUAAUGAGCUCUGGGUUUGAGAGCAACAAGCAGGGGAGGGGAUCGUUUCACCGUCAGGGUGAAAGACGGCUGAUAGACCUGAAGAAUUAACUGAUUAAAUGGAUUCUGAUUAUUUUAACUGGCAGAAACCUCGAGAAGGACCAGACUCAUAUUGAACAACCAUCUGCUGAGAUUGAGAACAACAGCACUGGUUUUACAAACUCUGCUGAAGUCUAAACUUUGCUGAAUUUGAAGAUAACUUUUGAUCUAGUCUGGAGUUUAGAUGCCGUCACUCAGUGGUGUUUACAUGCACAGCUUAACCCUCCUCCUGUGUUCGGGUCUGCACCGACCAGUUUUUGUUUUUAAAUGCUUAAAAGAACCACUUAAAUUAGUUUAUUUGCAUCAAGACUUUUUGACUUUGUCAGGAACCAAACAAAAUGAAAAUAAAAAAAUUAAAUUGACUAAAUUAUAAAAUGCUCUGAUCAAAAUUAUGGCACUUAGGGUCGCUGUUGACACGGUUAGAUGAAUAUCUCAUAAUUAAAGCAAUAACUGAAAUCAUAAGUGCACUGUCAGGCACCACACUGACAGUCAGAUCCUCUUCCAAUCAUGUGAGAUUUAAUAAAAUUCUCAUUUUGCAUGUUUUUCUCAGCACAAAAACAACGUCGGGCAUGUCUAGACAUGUGAGUUCAGUAUAGAUGUCUGUAUGAGGGGUAUACUGACAAAGAAAAGCCCAGAGGACCACAACAAAAAAUAUUCUAAGCAAUAUUUUCAUGGAUAAUGAAGCCAAACAUGGUAGCCUAGAGAUGAGAAACAAAUUGGAUGAUAGAGAAUUGUUUUUAGUGUAAUUUACAGCUGAUUUAAGACACGAGUCGAAACUGACCAUAAACAUGGUGGGUGUGUAGUAAAAGCUAACACAGGAGGAAGGUUAAUCGGACUAAGCUCAUCAUUCGUUUUCUUUUCGCCAAAUUGGACUUCUCUGCUUGUCCACGUGUCCAUGCAGCUGAGAAAAUCGAAUUGCUGACGUGAACACGUCCUCCUUCCCAAAACAAGGGGGCAAUAUGGGUCUUUUCAGUGUUGCUGUUUCCUGACCUUUUUUAAAGAUGUCUCCGUUUCUCAUUUUGUGACUCUCUGUAUACUUUACAAUGUCAAUUUCUGUCAGGACGGAAAGCAUAACGCCACUCUCCUCAUCGUUCCAAAAGUGGACAUUCUUUCGUGCUUCAGCCAUGUUGCAGUUGUUUCUGAGUCAAAAGUUCUUUAAUUGUAGCGCCACUUCUUCUCUGGUGUUUUUGUUCCGGGGUUACGGAGGCGUGGCGCACUCACACAUGCAUUGUCCAAUCAUACUCCAACUACGCUGGUUACAUGGUAGAGACAAUUGAAUUCCAAUCACAUUAUCUGGGUGUCUUAAUCCGAGUUCUCACACUCUGAUUGGAGUCGGACUAAGGUGUUUACAUGCACUUUGGUUGUCCGGUCUUAAUCGGAGUAAGGCAAUAAUUUGGUUUUCUCAAGUGUCAUGAAAAUGUACUGAGUGUUCAGAUUGUCUCAACAAAGGCAGAAGUCUGAACAUGCUGUCCUGCUAUACUGCAUGAAUAAAUUAAAGUUGGUGCAACACUUGCUGUUGUAUCAUAGUUGAUUAAUUAUCACCUCAUCGUCAAGCUUUAUCAUAUUCUUCUUUCCUUUCUGCUGCAGUGGGAGGUAACAGCUGCUUGUUUCAUCCUGUCUGUUUAGAGGCUGUCGUGCAUUAGUUAGCGCUCACACUAACACUCCAUAAGGAGAAAAGGUUCUCUCUGAUUGGCUACUGGAAGGGUAGAUGUCAUAGAUGCAACAAUAUUUUGGUUAGUUUGAACAUUAUGGGCUCUGUUUUCGUGCCCGACGGUGGUGCACCCCACGUAGUUCGUCUGGCAGAGCCCGGUGCACAGCCAGUUUGGUAUGUUGGUAGACUGAGGCGUACUGAGGUCCGCCAAGGUGGGCAUGGUGGCGCAGUAGGGGGAGGUGUCAACCGAAUCAGCUGGCACAGUGACAUUUUUGUGCCCGCCAGGGAAAAGGCACGCCAAAAAGGCACAAAAGGCAUGACAAUAGAGCCCUAUGUGUCUACGAGCAAAAAUAAGACAAGCCUCACGGCCUUAUGGCACAACCAAAGAUACAGCUUUCACAUAUCUAGUGCACCAAACCUCAGGAGGACUCAUAGUCUCAGUUUUAGCAGCUGGAGUCCAGCAGAUCUAAAAUAGGAGCUACAGCAACCGAACUGUAGACAAAGCUGAACCUCAGAUUUGAUACCCAUCUUCACGAAAUCAGAUUUUUCACCUUUGGGAUCUGUCUUGACAGAUUUGCACUUGGUAGUUUGGUUCUGGAUUUACCUUCAAGAUAAGAGUCAAUUUUUAAAAAGAGUUGUGGUCUAACAGAUUUGUACCUCUCGUAGACUUGGAAAUCACUGGAUAACCUUAGAGCUGAUAAACUUCCUGUGCGAGAUUUGAGGUAAUUGGGCGUGACAAUUGAGUCUCAUUGGAAUUGAAAAAAGUAAGAAAAACACUAGACUGGUUCCUUUAAUGUCCUCUUAAUGAAGUUUUAAUAGCGUGAGUAUUUGUUUUAGUUGUUGUAGAUUUAAUUCUUUAAUAUUCUGGCUUUAAAGCUUCUGUAGAGUUAGGGUUAGGGGGUUGUUUAAGACCAAUAAAAGCAAACAAGACCACCACAGACAGCACUAAGAGUGUCUUUGUCACACAGAAGAAUGAGGAAGCCAGAGAGGCCAGCAUUAAAAGGACUGUAACUGAGAUGUGUCUGCGCCUAAAUGAAAUACCCUCAAGCUUUUUUAUCUGGCAGUACACUUACAGAGCGAGUGCUGCACCAAUAUGAAACCAAUCUGGCCCGGUUUCCUCAAAGUCCUAACACUCUAUUAGUGAGUUUGCAUCCAAAACAAACAUUUGAUUCAAGCGUUUUGUUUGGAAAAAUACUUUUGGCAAGCACAAAGGCUCAUCAAGUGAAGCCUCUGUGCCAGAAAAAUCAGCUCACUGCUGAGUGUGGCGCGUUCUGGAUGUGAAAUCUAGUCUUGAAGAUAAAAACCGAGGAGAUAAUAUCUUAUUCGAGCAGGUGUCAGAGUUCACCCGUGUUGUGUUUUACCUCUGCUCAAGCCAGUUGCACUGAUUGACUUUCUUUUAAAUCUAAUAAACGCUCUGCAGGUGCAGCACCAUCAUGCUCCAGGGCCAGGAGCAACCACUUGAUGAAAACUGGAGGGAUGCUUUCCAGAAUGCCUACAUGGAGCUGGGAGGACUGGGAGAGAGAGUGCUGGGUAUGUUUGACACCAGCAGCUUAAAAUCAGCGUGUUUGGAAUAAAAGGAAAACACAGAGGAGCAGUUCGGCUCAGCUCGCACCCUUUAUAAUCUCCUUAGUAAACAGGCGAGCGGAGCCAAAUGUCCUCAUAAAACUGCUCUUAUUGCAGGUUCAGGCGCUGCGGUCUGGUUGGGUUCAGAGCUGAAAUUAAAAUUUUAACAUAAACCGUUUCAGUAUGGGUUUCCUACUGUUAGAAAUUCAGCUUGUAAAUAAAUAGUAACAUAAUUCAGGUCAGACUCUGCUCUAAAUUUUGGGAUUAUUUGUGCGGGAAGGAAGAUUUUUCCUUGUUAAAUGCCAAAGAGGGAUUUUUAGGUGAAAAGAAAAUCAUUAGCUGAAGUUCAACUUUCAAUAUCUCUUAAGUGUUCAGCAUUCAGACUCUGUAAAUGUCAUCAUUUUGACAACCAAGGGAAAAAAGUUACCUGGCAUCUUUUAGAAAGUGCCAUAGGUAAUAAUUAUGUGCUAUCAUCAUUUUGUGAGAGUGGGUGUCACUUUUUUUCAAGCGGUAAAAUGUGGAAUAGUGCCAUUUUUUUUUUAUCUGCAGCAGAGCUCCGGAAAUCAUGUAAAUUAUUAAACCUCACUUAUGCCUUGGGUGAUGAGGAUGAUGUGUCGGGGGUUUCGUGACAAAGAGAGGUUUCUCUGCUUUUAGGCUGAGCCCGGCGUUUCCUCAGAAGCAUUUUGUUUUGCUUUGCUCCUCAUGGGGAUCGGAGACUUACAUAUUUCAAAGGCUGUGGAUCAUACAUUAAUAAAAGUGGUGGAUUGAACUUGUAUUUCAGACCCGGGAUGACAACAUUUACAUCUAAUAUUAAAAAUGAUUUGUGUGCACACUGGAAGGUAAAGUUUAUUGAAGUCAGGAGACAGAGAGAGCAGCCUGUAAAGUUGUCUGAAAAGUUGAGGUUCCCAGAUGCCUCUCAGACCGUGGACCGACAUUUACCUGGAUGGGUAUUUUUGCUUCAGUGCAGCAGUGAUACUAACUUAAUUUGAUAAUAUUAACAGUAAAAGUGACAGGAAUGACAACAGCAGACACGACAACUGUGAUUGCUUUGACAAAUAUUAUAGGGUGACACUUAAUAUGAAGGUCCUUAUUAUAAGAAUUAAUUAAAGCUUAGAACAUUUAUUGGUGUCAGCAAGUGUUGAUUAAAGUAUAAUUAACACAUUAAUUAUUGCUUUAAAGACUCCUAGGUUUACAUCUCUAUUAUAAACAAUUAUUAUUCACAUUAAUUAGACUUAUAAGACAGACAUAUUCGUUACGACUUUUAACACCCUUUAUUAUUCUUGACAAGGCUUUAAUCUUAACUAUUACAGUCAUAUUUUUAGUCACACUUUUUAGUGUUAAUUAGUAGUCUUUAAAUUGUAAAGAUCAUGAUGAAUACUUAUAGGAGUCUCAUUAGCAAUAAAAACAGUUAAAGUUGUAAUACAAGUUCAUAUAGUUAUGUUAUUGUUAUUAAACAUCUAACUUGAAUUUCAGAUGCAGUAUAUACUGUAAUUAGUUUGUUACAAGCUAAUAACAGAUAUGUGGAUUAAUCUGUAAUUAACCCUUAUAAAUACCUUAUUAAUGUUUAUAAGGGUUAAUUAACCUGUAAUAAACCCUUAUAAAGUCUAAUUAACCCUUAUUAGCGUUUAUAAGGGUUAAUUAACCUGUAAUAAACCCUUAUAAAGUCUAAUUAACCCUUAUUAACGUUUAUAAGGGUUAAUUAACCUGUAAUAACAUCUUAUUGAUGUUUAUAAGGGUUAAUUAGACUUUGGACUUACCCUGAUAAAGACUAGUUAACACUAAUAAACAUUUAACUAAUGUUUAUAAGGGUAAAUUAACCUGUUAUUAAGCCUAAGUAGUUCUUAUUAAGGCUUAUAAACAUCUUAUUAAUGUUUAUAGGGGUUCAUUAACCUGUAAUAAGCCCUUAAAAGUCUAAUCAACCCUUAAUAUUUAUAAUUAACCGUAGUAAGCCUUAUUAAUGCUUAUAAAUAUCUUAUUAAUGUUUAUGACAUGUUUAUAAACUUUUAACAUGUUUCUAAUUAGAGCCUUAAAGAGUCUUAUAAGCAAUAAUAGAUGUAUAAUAAUGAAUUGUUCUCUUUAGAAAUGUUCAUUAACACCUUAUAAGGUCUUAUAAACAAUGAAUUAAUCAUGACUAUGAUAUAAAGUGUUCCUGAGAGGAUAGUCAGGUUAGGUUCACAGAAGAAUGGAAAAUAUUCCAGUUCUCCAUAGGGGGCGCCACAGAUCCUUUAUUACCUUAUGCGAUAUUGGACUUGAGAUGGCGUAGACCUCCCUCUUUAAAGUUUCAGCAUUAUUUUAAUAUCACGCUCACUCCAGACUGACAAUCAUUAGUUUUUCACUGGUGUACAUACAUGUUUGGGUAGAUUCAUAUAACUGGUCUACCUUUGAGUAGAUAUCAAACAUCAGAAACGUUACUGUUCUCUGAGACUUUAUAUCUCUGUCCUAAUAAACAGUCACCCUCCUGAUCCCUCUCCUCCCUCAGGCUUCUGCCACGUGAAUCUGUCUUCAUCGCAGUUCCCCAGAGGAUUCACCUUCGACAGUGACGACCCAAACUUCCCCACAGAGCAGCUCUGCUUCCUGGGCCUCAUCUCCAUGAUUGAUCCGCCGCGUGCCGCUGUGCCUGAUGCAGUGGGUAAAUGCCGCUCUGCUGGUAUCAAGGUAAUUGGUUCCACAGAUUCAACCUUCAUUGUGGUUCAUGAAAAGCUUUUUUUUCCGAGGGCUUCGUGUGUCGGGCUUUUUCCAGGAGGGAUUUGCAUGUCAAAUGUCUUUUCAAAGCCCAAAUGACAAAUGAUUUAACGUCCCUGAUAGGUGAUAAUUGGAUAGAUGAAUAAUAGAUACAUUAAGAGCUAUUGCUUAAAGAGGUGUGCUAAUUAUAUGCUGUAUGUUAACACUCUGGAAAAAGAUCCUCACGGCCAAAGAUGCAUCAUGAACAAUUUUAUGUUUAUGCCUGUUUUUCUGUUUUUAGAAAUAGAUGUUCAGAAUAGCAGCAUUAAAGAAAGCUCAUGACAAUAAAGUUCAAGUUAACUUGUUUAAUGCAGAUUCGGUACAUUAAAUACAAAUUUCCAUCAUGUAUUAACAAACUGCAAACAGGCAUGAAGCAGAUGUUUUGGGAGUGAAGUAAUAAGCCGGGGCUGCAGGAAGGUUAAACAACUUCCAGCAGAGAUUUAAAUGGAAAAGAGGUGGAAUGAAUCGCUCUCGUUCGGGGAGGGGGAAGUGUUUCUAAUGUGGAAAUGAGAUUUUGCACAUUUAGUCUCAGGUACAGUAGUUAUCACGCUCCCUUUGAUAUUGAAUUUUUGAUAGACAGACUGUAAUUGGCUUAAGAACAAAAAAGAGCGAGGAGUUGAAAUGUUAUUGCGGCGUAAGUGAAUAAAAUGGUUAAGGGAGUUUGUGCUGAAAAGGCUGCAGAACUGAUAAAACGGCUGAUAGAGUGUCUGAGAGGAAGUUAGCAGCAGUAGAUCAGCUUCAUUUUGACAACAGAGUUUGGUUUAAACUCAGGGUUGGGCCUCAUCCUUCUCGACAAAUGACAGACCUAAUCUUCAUCGUAUUAGCAAAGAUGUGACAUGAAGACGGGAUAAGACUGAGUCCGGUUUAGAAGAUAAGAAAAAUCAAAAUGAAGUAUAAACUUUUAUCUGAAUCUAGCAGCCACUCAUACUGGCAAAAACAAAUAAACGAGGCUUUAAACUGUCUGUGUUCAUCAUCUAAUUAGCCGAGUCGUGCCAAAGCUAGUGGUGCUUUCAGUAAAGUUGCGUAAAGUUACAUCUAAAUUGACUCAAUUGACGACACACUACAGCUAGAGCUACGUUCCAUGUACUUGAGGGCCGGCGAAUUUUCGUUUUCAAAUGAAAAAACAAAAAUCGGGAGACGAAAAACUGAAACAAACCAUUUUCCGUUUUGAUCAUAAAACCGGAGAAUGAAAAAACAACUCAAUAUUUCACUUUCUGUGACGCAGCUUUAGAUGAAAAUCGAAAAUCAAGUUUCGUUCACUUUUUCACUGUGACCCAGAAGUUGUGACUUGGAGCAAGAUUUUGGCUCUUGUUAGCACAGAUAUAUACAUGUAUAGAUUGUUUUUGUUAUGUUUAUUUUCUGUUUGUCAUCUCCCGAUUCCUUACUGGUGGUCAGGAGACAGCUCAUCUCCCGAUUUUCGUUUUCUCAUUUGAAAACGAAAAUCCGUUGGCUGCCAAGUACACAAACCCAGUAGCUGUGGCGUGUCGUCAACAAAGCCAGUGUCGAUGUAACUUUACGCAACGUUACCGAAAAUGCCGCUAGCUUCGGCAUGACUCAGCUAAUUUGAUGAUGAACACACAGUUUGAAGCUUCGUUUAUUUGUUUAGUACACGGAAUCUACUGCCCCACUUCCUUGAAUCCUUUUUGGCGUCAGGCGAGUUUAUGAGUGGACACACAGUAUGCGAAACUUUAGAAAAUUCGAUCGUGAUACGAAAAAAUACAUGCUGUAAUAUCGCAGGACGGGAAAACAUCGCUGAGGUGAACGCUUGUAUUGACAGGAUACGCGUUUAAAAAAAAUAUUGACGUCCGAAAUAAUCGCACGCAAAAACGCUCCCAUUGUGAAAGGACCUUUAGGCAAUAUGAUAAUACCUGAUAAGGUAUCAAAACUAAAGAAAUGAUUCUCGAGCUGCUGUAACAGCAGAGGUUUCUGCACGUGUGCAGUCUGCCUGAACAGAGGAAACACAAUUUUGUCCUCACACACAAACACACACUGGCACAAAUCAUUUAUAUUUUCUCCUGGCUGAGCCCAGGAUGAAACUAGAGCACAUGGUCUGCUGCUUUAAUUACUUUUUAAUGGAUGUAGCUCGGAUGUUUCUGUGCAAUGUACAACCUUCGUCCAGAGGCUUUAGUGCCAUGUACACUGCGCUUUAUUUACCCGGCCUGUGGUCUGCUGUAGAUACUGAUGCUGUCAGGGAUUUCAAGAAUGCAUCCCUCGUGUCUUAUCAGCGCUAAGCUCUUCACGCCAUGUUUAAAUGCAAAAAAAAGAGGGUUUCAGGGGAUGCGGUUCUGCUUUAAGUCACAUGACUAUGAGUCCUGCACAUGUAUCUCAAUGAUAGAGCGGGUAAUCCACUUACUGACUGGUUGGCGGUUUGAGUCCUCUGUCAAAGUGUCCUCUGAAGUUCAUGACCUGGACUCUGUGUGAUCAGAGUGUGAAUGAAUGAGUGAAUGAAUAAACUAACAAGAUGCUCUUUUAGUUUGACGUUGUUUUUCUUCACUUUAAGGCACAAAAAAAACCUUUCACAUUUGUAUCCUGCUAAUGAACAGAUUUUGUCAGAUUUCGGAGAAGCAGAAAAAAGGAAUUGUACUCUGUCCUCGGUGUGUAAUAAAAAUGAGGAGAUUUUCAGUCAAAUCUUCUUUUUUAAUUUGGAUGUUUCCAAGAAAUUACAACCUGAAAGUCACUCUGACAGGGCGCUUGGCAAAAAAAGUACAACUGUGAAGGCAAAGUGAGAAUCGACUGCUUUUCUGAAAGGACCCGAACGACAUUGUCAACCUGUGGCAGACUUUCAGGAGGUGAAAAGAUUGGCAGCAAGUAUUUUAGGAUCUUAUACUAUCCAGCUAAUGCAGAUUUCUUCUGUUAACCUUUAUUUUACGUAAGCGCAAAAAUGACGAAACACACCAAUUCUUCUGUGGAAGUUUUGACAGUGAAUUCUUCCUGUCCUGCAAAAACACGACAAGAAAAGAGAGAAAUGGAAGAAACAGUCGAACGGGUUUCUGUUCCAGACACCGGCUGACUCUCGUAUUUGUUCCUGUUUCAAACAAAAGACUAAAUGCCUCCAAAUUAAAGGUCAGAGCCGCGCUUUGAAGAUGCGCCGUGUCGUAAUUAGCAGCAUUCAGCACUAGAACAGACUUGGUAGAGUGUAAUAUUCACAGGUAUGUUUGAAUGAGUGUUAAAUCACCUGAAUGGAAAAAUCGUUUUGUUUCUGUUCACCCAGACUGACACUUAUAUCCACAUACACAAUACAAUACAACACAAUACAAGAACUUUAAUGAUCCUCAAAGUAAGAUUCGUUAGUCUGAAGUCUCAUCUACUAUUUAUAGAAGAAUUCUGAAAUCAGAUCUCUUCUUCCUUCUGUCAAGGUGUUAUGCAGUGGAUAAUCCAUACGGGUGUUCCAACAAGGGUACCUCACGAUUCCAUUUGAUUUUGACUAUUGGUUCCAUGAUUCUUCGAUUAUUGCCAUUUUUAAUGUACAUUUCUAUACAAGAUUAAUUUUGUCUUCAUCUGUGGUUAAAUUUGUAAAUAAAUAGCCUAUCAAUUAACUCAGUUCCUCUAAAACUACACUCAAUAAGUAAAUAAGGUUUUUUAACAUAGACACAAAACAUUUUAUUUUAUGACUGUUAUGGAAACAUUUGCAGUUUGAUCUACUUCGUCGUGAUGAAAGUAGCUAUCACUUUUGUAAUGCUCCUCACCUUCUCCAAGUUCUUGGGAAGUUUGGAGACAGUUUUCAGGGUGGUCCUCUGCGUGGCGGGCACGACCGGAGGAGCCUUCUCUGUUUCAGGAUGAAAGCGUACAAGAUGCUAGCUCGUGUUUGUGGUGUAGCUGAGGUACUUUAUUUUCAUAGGUCUUGUCAGUCGUCUCGUUUGCUCUGUCAUAAAAUCCAAAGUACUUCCACGCAUUUGCUGUCAACCUUGGUGGCGAGAGAAUCGGCUGCUGUCGCCAUUUUGCAAAGAAACUAACGUGCUCUGUUUGUUGUGGUCCCACUCACUAAACAGUCCGGGCGGAGCACAUUAAGGUUCAGGUUAUGUGUUUUUAUUUGUUCCGGCCUUGCAGCGACAUUAUUAUUUAUUCAUUUAUUUAUUUUAAGCAUUGACAAAAUUAAUCGAUGCCGAAUCGUCACGUGAAGCAUUGUGAUGCAUCGGCACAUCAAUAAAUUGCACCCACCUCUAAUGAUCUUUUUUUUUUUUUUUUUUAGAAUAACCGUCAUCUUCCUGACAAAAUAUGAUAAAAAUAUGAAAAAAAGGGUAAAAUUUGAAGAAAAUUCAGACAGACCAGACUUUGCUGCUACUCGGUUAAGUGCAGGCUCUAAAAUUGAACCUACAUACAUAAGAGCUGCCAUGUUUCUAUUGUAGAUCAGAGCGGACAGCUGGCUGCCAACAGAUGCUUGAAAUUUAAAGGGACAGUAUGUAAAAUUUAGCUGCAUUUUCCUAAAGAAAUAGAAAGUGUUAUGUACGAGUAUGUUGAAAUUCUUCUUAUUGAAUGGAAAAUAAUAAUUUCUGGACACAGAGAGAGUAAACUGAAGUUUGGAGAGGAAAGGAAGUCUGCCAAGAAGUAGCAUUAUUGCAAACAGGAGAGAGCAGACUGAUGAAAGCCCGGGGUUAGAGCAGCUUCUAUCAGCUCUUUUUUUCCAAACUAGAGCAGGUUUAGACUCGUGGAACACAGUUAUAAUACAGUAAGGUUAAAUGGUCUCUGUGACUCUGACUCAUCAGGUGAUCAUGGUGACCGGGGACCACCCAAUCACAGCCAAGGCCAUCGCUAAAGGCGUGGGCAUCAUCUCCGAAGGUAACGAGACGGUGGAGGACAUCGCUGAGAGACUGAACAUCCCUCUGAGUCAGGUCGACCCCAGGUGUGUUAAAGAGACGAUUUCACAUUAUUGAGAACUUAUGAGAAUCUCAAGCUGUGAUCCAAGUCUCAGGAGACCCAGGCGUCUUCUGCGAGAGUUUAUCUUAUAUCCGGUGAGAGUAAAAUGAAGAGGAGGAGGAGAACAAGCAGAGCAGGAAAUGACAGCGACGUACCAACACACAGAGAGAGAAACUUGAGAGGCUGCAGAUUUAAGCAGAUGUUUAAUUACUUCACUAUAAUUUUAUGCUUUAUGAAGUCACGCCAAGUCACACUAGAUGUCCUCAUGUCACACAAGCGUGAAAGAAGUAGGUUGUCGAUGUGAGGAAAGUGUGUUAAAGCUCAUUGUUAUGUAUCUGUAACCUUGAAACCCCCUGGAGACGAGGCCGGUUCAGCAUUAUCAGGUCAGCUGUGGAGUCUAAACAACAAUCCAGGAGAAAACAGAGAAGUGACCUUCUCAGGUCUGCAGCUGGCCUGAAUACACCGAGUUCCGUCACACUUUUACUCUACUUUUCAGUUUUUUUAGUUAUAAGACUGAGGACGCAGCCUUGGCUUCACCUGGAGGACUUGAAAGCUGAGAGUCUGCGUGAGAAAACUGUCAGUCAGUGUAAAACUAAAUAAAUUGAGAAUUUCAUCAACAAGGGAACAGAAAACUACAGUGGCCCUGAGGUGCAAACACAAUGGCAAAAUAAAAAACGGAACACACAAGAAAAAGAAAAACGAUAAUGGUUAAUGUCGUCCUGUUUCCUCUUAUUGUGGUUGUGUUUUCUCCUUUGUCAUUGUGUUUUCUCUUUUGUUGUCAUGUUCUCUUGCAUUUGUUGUUGUGUUUUCUCUUUUGUCAUUUUGUUUUCUCUUUUGUUGUUUUCUCUUUUUGUCAUUGUGGGUUUUUUUUUGCUUUUUUGUUUUUUUCUUUUUGCCGUUGUGUUUUCUCUUUUAUUGUUGUGUUUUCUUUUUUGUCAUGUUUUGUUUUCUUUUGUUGUCAUGAUUUCUCUCAUUGUAGUUGUGUUUUUUAUUUUAUCAUUUUUUUCUUUUUUGUUGUUUUCUCCUUUGUCAUUGUGUUUUCUCUUUUUUUCAUCUUUUCUCUUUUGUUGUCAUGUUUUCCUUUUUGUCAUCACGUUUUCUCUUUUGUCGUUGUGUUAUCUCUUCUUUUGUUGUGUUCUCCGAUUUGCCGUUGUGUUUUGCACCUUAGGGCCACUGUAGCAAACCGUUUAAAAGAUUUGAGAAAACUAACACAGGAUAGCCUCGAUCUUUAGACUCUUAUGCGACUCUGCAUUAAAAAAAGAACACAACUCUGUAGUGGAAGUCACCGCAUGGGCUCAAGGGGCUAAAACCUGCAGAAGACUGAAAAAAACCUGCAGAAGUCCAGUGUUAGUUAUCGACUGAACAAUAUGAACGUAUAUUUUUGUUAUUUUGGAAUUACGUCACACAUACUAUCUCUGUGAUCCACCCCUUUAUACUUCCUCCAAAUACUCUCAUCUUUAUCUUAGAGGGGCAAUAAUAAAGAGGGUCUUAUCUAAUCUUCAGCCUCUGCAGAUUAAAUCUUAAAACAGCACAUUAAACACUGAGCUUUAAAAGCUCUGGAUUUUGACAAAGCCCGACAAGCUGUUUCCCCCUUUUUUCUAAUCUUUAUGCUAAGCUAAACUAACCGUCAGCGGGCACCCGCUUCGUUUUGAACAGACGGCCCUGAGAGCGUAUUGAUCUUCUCUGCGCAAGAAGUGAAUAAGCAUAUUUUUCCAAAUGUCAAACAUCUCCUAUAAGACAGAGCGCAUGAGGGAGUGAGCGUUUCCUGCCAGUGAGGAGGAGUGCGCGCUUGUUUGGGAGGAAACAGAGACAAACUUGAGGAGAAAGAAAGAAAAUGUCAACACUCCCCCUUUUGCAUAAUUGCCCCUGGUAUUACUGACUCCUCACUGUGUUUGCACCUGUGUGUGUGUGUGUGUGUGUGUGUGUGUGUUCCCCAGAGAUGCCAAAGCUUGCGUGGUGCACGGCUCGGACCUAAAGGACAUGAGCGCCGAGUACCUGGACGACCUGCUGAGGAACCACACUGAGAUAGUGUUCGCUCGUACCUCCCCUCAGCAGAAGCUCAUCAUAGUGGAGGGCUGCCAGAGACAGGUCAAUGGCCGCCGCUCUGUGUGUGUCUGUGUGUGUGAAGGGGGCUUUUUGAGAAGAGAAUACAACUGAAUACCAAUGUGUGUGUGUGUGUGUGUAUACGGUUGAAGGUGUGUGUUUGUGAUGAAGUCUGGAUGAAUGCCUGAAUGGGUCUGUUUAUGUCCAAGAGUGGAGGUACGUGCGCGCAUGCAUGUGUGUGUAGGACAGAUGAAUGCGGGGUUUGUGUACGCGCGUGCACGUGCACCGGGGGUCCAAAUGCGGGUAUUUGCUCGGAUGCGAAAGUGUGUAUACAUCCGAGCACAUAUAUUAAACUCUGUAUUUUGAUGCUCUAAAGUAUGUGCUCAGCUUUUUUGUGUGAAAACGUUGAGAAUAAAUGUGUGCACUCACUCGCACACAUCCCCAUAUAUUGAGGUCAUGCUACAAUUCACCCCGACUCACUCACUCUCCCUCCGUGUGACUGAAUGAUUGCAACUCAAUUCCAUUUUUCAUUUAAUCUCCCCAGAGCUGCUUUGAAAAGACAUUAUUAAGACAGAAGGGGGAGGAGGGGAGGGGAGGCAGACGAGGGGGAGAGAAGCUUAAAUCAUGGUACUUAUCUUUCUUUUUCUUGACACUUUUUGUUCGCCCGCUUCCUCGCGGGGUGCAGGGGGCCAUCGUGGCUGUGACGGGCGACGGCGUCAACGACUCUCCGGCCCUGAAGAAAGCCGACAUCGGCGUUGCCAUGGGGAUCGCAGGCUCUGAUGUGUCCAAGCAGGCGGCUGACAUGAUCCUGCUGGAUGACAACUUUGCCUCCAUCGUCACCGGGGUAGAGGAGGGUGAGUGUGAGGGAGGGUGGAGGAAUAACGGAGGUAAAGUGAAGACACGGCAGGGGGAGGUCACAGAGAGAUAAACGCUAAAAGGAAAAAAGCAAAUCAGAUGAAUAAAAAGGACAAGCGGUAAGAAAAUAUUCAGAUUCAAAAACACUCCGCUGGUAAGCUUAUUUGUCAUGCACCAGCAGAGACACAAGAUUUCCUCUAAAUAAGUUAAAUCUAAAAGUCUGAUGUGAGUAUCAUUGUGGUUUAUUUCACGCUGGAACAAACAGAGCUUUACUCGACUUUUGAGACUUGGAUCAGGGUCAAAAUCCAGUCCCUCCAAAAAUGAGGACAUCCCUGCAUUAGUAGAGGAGGUCGCUUCCUUUACAAGAGAAAUAAAUGCCUGAAUUUCGCAAAUACUGCUCUCUUCCUGCAGAUCUCCUUUUUCUGCAAGACCGUUCGCCACAUGAGCACGCAAACGAGUUCCUACGCACUUAUUACUCAUACAGCUGUCACGUCAGAUCCUGCGAAAUGACCUACUAUUUAUCCUGAGCAUGGUUUCACAGACUCUACAACCCUUAUAGAGGCUCUAACUUUACACUGUGUUAGCUGCAAGUGACUCACAUGUAAGUAGAAGAUUUUAUAUUUUAUCAAAAACACAAUCGAAUAUCUACUUAGCUGUAAAAGUCACAAAUAUUUGAAUUUUAUUGUCCAAUUUACAGUUUUUCUCAGUUGCUUUGGUACAUUUCUCAGAUCAGAAUUGAAAUUCUCAAAACUACGUGUUCAAUCUUCACAUCACUGUGCCACUUGUGCACAUCAGAAAAGCAGUUUCUCAUUUCUUUGAACAACUUGCAAAUGCUUUGGUACAGCCAUGCAAAUGAUUAUGUACAAUUUUCUGCUGUUUUCUACAUUAUCAAUUGCUUAUGUCAUGUUGAUCAAAAUGUACUAUAAUGGGUCUCUGUUGAAUAGUCUCACCCCCCACAACAUUUAGGCAUUAGUUCAUCGCACAAGUCUUUACAUGCAAAAUGGUUGAACACGCUGUCAUAAUAUGUCAAGCAUAUUUCUAUACAUUUCCAUUAGACGUUUCUGAAUCUGUCCUGAAUUGGUAAAUUGCUCCCAGGUGAAUCUUGACUUUCUCUAACGGUGGGAAAUGUGUGAAGCAUUAGAUCAACCAAUGAUCAACCACUUUUCUGAAACAGCUCAAAGGUGCAUCUCAUGAACCAUCAACUGGCAAGUAUAUAUUGCCAGGGCACAACACAAUGUUACAAUGUCUGACAAUGGAAGGACAAGGAAAUGGACGGGGUCAACAGCCAGAGAGAAGAAGAGGAAGAGGAGUGAGGCUGCGUGGCGGAGGAGUUGGGAGGCAAAACAGAGGAAGAGGCAGAAGAGGCAGAGGACAAAUGCACGUUCCUGAUGAGAUAAGAGCUACACUUGUAGACCACGUUCUCAAUCAUGGGCUUACAAUGGCUGAGGCUGGCCGAAGGGUGCAGCCAAAUGUUGGGAGAACAACUGUGUCCUCAAUCAUUCAGACUUUUCGUUGACAGAACAGGUUUGUAAUCUAACAAUAGGCACUGUACUGUAAUACUGUAUACUUUCUGUAAUGCUUCAUACAAUAUUGCAGUAUUUGACUUUCAUUUUACAAUAUACAGUAAGUAUAGUAUAUACAGUGACAUUUUGGAUGAGUGACAUUUUGUGGAUAAGAAUUUGUUGCCCAACAGACAGGAACAUCAGGAGGUGUAGGAAGACUGUACUGUAAUUCCUACAGCACUGCAUUUCCAGUUUUCCCUAAGGAAAUUGUCCUAUGUUCACAUUUCUACUUUUGUUUUUUUGUUUUUUUUAUUGUGCUCUGCAAUGCUGUCUUUUUCUUUUCUGUAUCGCAAUGACAUGGUCUGUCAUCAAAUUACAGUCUCUUGCAAUCAAUGCAAUCAAUCUCCCACAUACACUGAGGUGUAACUUACAAUUUACAAUGAUUGUCAUCAAAACUUUAGCCAUAGUUUACAUCAGAACAUCCCUCCAGAGUACACUGUUAUAUUGACAACAUGACUAAGCAAUUUGACUGUCUUAUCCGUACACAAUGACACAAGGACUUGUCAUUCUGAUGGCACUGACAUGUUCAUUGACACAGAUAUUUACUUUUGAGAGAUGUACUAAGGAUUUUGAGCAAGAGACUGGCUUUUGCAGGUAAUCCAUGGUGUUUUGCUAUUUGUACAAAUUGUUUUGAGAAAAGAACUAACUGUUUUGCAAAUGUCGAGGAUGAUUCGAGAAAUGUACCAAAGCGACUGAGAAAAACUGUAAUAUCCUGGCUCGCUCAUCCAUCUUGGUUUGGCACCAAGGUGACGCUCAUUUGUAUUUGUUGGUAGUUUUUAUGAGUUUUUUCCCCCACAGAAAGGCUUUUACCAUGUUUACCCAAAUAUGUGACCACUCUGAUUAUAAGAAAUAAGAACAUUUACCAGGACAGUGUUUAAAAUAUUUAAAAAAGGACAUAUUGAAUUUAAAGUGUGUGAGUUACAUGACUUUUCUAGGAUUUUAAAGGUAGAGUGACCUUAUGUCCUCUUUCACCCGGACAUGUCCCCUUUUUUGGGGGCUGUCCGUCCUUGUCCGGGGGAGUUUUGUAUGGAAGUUUUGAGUUUGUGUUGUGUAGACAUCCUGCAUUAAAAGUGCAUAAAAAACACUCGACCCGACCCUAAAACUCAUAAAUAACUACGCUUGCCUCUGCUCCCGAGUAGUGCUGUCCCCUUUUUGGGGAUUCAGAAAAUGGUCACCCUUUUAAAAUCAAAGAAAAAAGUUCUCAAAUUUGAAAUAAACUCAUUAGAGUUUUUCUGAAGUCCACAGAAGCUCCUCUGAUCUUGGUCGUUUGUUGUUCGUUAACUUGUCUGACUUUUGUGACACAUUGCUCCGAUUACCAUGUCUCUCCAUCUUCAUGAAUAAGUGAUGCCGUAUUGUUUUCUACCAUCAAACACCAAACUCAAGACUCUUUUUAGAAGUAUUUAAAGGGGAAAAAACAUCUUAUUUUGGGUCAGUUGGUCAUUUUACCAACCUGAGGGACUCUUAAAAGUCAGUGAAGAGUUUUGAAGUGAUUAACCAUUUGGUUGAAGUUGAUUUUUUGCACAGUGGUGCCUAAAGACUACCUGAGACUGGACUUCUUUUCUCUGUGCCUGUUCAGAACAGCAGAGUUUGGUGGAUAGAGCAUAAAACAGGAAAGAGGACUAAGGCUGGAGGCCAAGUGUGAGCUUUAACCUCCGCAUGUAGGGUGCACACCUUAAUUGCUUGGCUAAAGGCUCCCUACAUUCAUACCCCCUAUAAGAAAUGAAGUUUAAAGAAUAAUAUUUGAAGACUUUAUUUCGUAAAGGUAAGACAAGGUCAGGAAGUGCUGGGAGCAUGGCUACGAAAGCUAGUAUCGAAGUAGUUUGAUCAAUUUCCAGGUCUUAAAAAGUAUGGUAAAUGAAAAAUAAAGUAUGGAAAAAUAUUUAUGUUUCCAGACUAUUACCACAGUAAAAAAUAUAUAUUUAUAUAUAUUGUUUUCUAAAAUAGAGAAGUCGGUAUUUCCAAAAAUAAUUCUGAAAAGAAUAGUGUGUAGAAGUAUGGAAAUUCCAACUGUGUAGGAACCCUGAAAUAAGCACAUUUUGCAUGUUUCUCCGUGAAGGAGCUGAGCUGACUGGCGUCUAUCGUGGAUAAUACACUUAACUUCCUUGUGACAUGUAUCUCAUACACCCUCACUUCAAAAAUACUGAAAUAUCCCUUUUAAGCGUGGACUUGAAAAACAGCGUCUGACAGAUCCAGACUCGCUCUAUUUUCAUUAAAAGAAAAAAGAAAAAACAACACAUUCACUUCAAUCGACGCGAUGCUUUAUCUGCAGUUUUCUCCCUCUGCCUCGUGGGUUGACACGGUUUCACACAGAAUGGUGACUGCUUUAACAAACCCGAGAAAAGACUCGAGUUUUCCCACCAGAGUCGGGAAUUUAAUCUAAAGCAGAGCCGCUAAUAUAGUCUGGGAAAAGCCAUUAGUUAGGUGGAUAUGCUGACAGAGCAGUCAGAGUCAUCAUUUUUUUAUUUCAGCCAGUCUGGAAAACUCACUCCAACAUAAUAAAGGCUUUAACAUCAGAAAGAAAACCGUUUCUAAGCUUCGCCUCGCUGUAAUGUAAGCAGUAUCUCAUUCAUAAUGGAAUGAAAUAUCCUCACACUAAUAAUAUAUCAAAGUAGACAUACAUUUUAUUGAAUCUCUGCAAAGACCCGUCUCUCUCUCUUUUGUGUCUCUCUAGGCCGUCUCAUCUUUGACAACCUGAAGAAGUCCAUCGCUUACACGCUGACCAGCAACAUCCCCGAGAUCUCGCCCUUCCUCCUCUUCAUCAUCGCCAGCGUUCCUCUGCCCUUGGGAACCGUCACCAUCCUCUGCAUCGACUUGGGCACUGACAUGGUGAGCGAAAAAAAACGAGAAAGAAAACGAGUCACUUCGCUCGAUUAGCCGGGUCCCCCUGUCCUUUUGACGGACAUGCUAACAAUGGUUUUCCUUCAUUAUCUCAAUCAAUACUUUGAGUCCAUCUCUGAGAAAUGACAGCUUAAUAGAUGUAUUGACUGCUGGAGUGUGUUUUAAGUGUGUGAUGUAUUAAUCAUUGAACACAUCACUCCUUCUUUCUCUCUGGACUUUCAGGCGCUCGUGUUUGAAAAAUGAAACUUUCACAGACAUCCGUCAGCCUCUCACCCCCACAUGUUCAUUUCGCAGGAGUUUCACAGCAGGUAGCGUCAACAAAACUAAGUUUGAGAUUCAUCAGCUUUUACUCCAAAGCUCUGUCAGCGCUCGCAGAUAAUUGUUGGCAAAUUUCUCCUCAAUAAAGUGGAUGCUAAUUGUUGCGUAGCUACAGGCGAGCCAAAGGUGACAAUAAGGAAACUCGCUUUAAUGCCGGUGUCAGAUAUGAAAGCCUGGAGGUAAAACGAAACAAAACGUUUGGUUUAAUUUGUUCUUUCUGUCAGUGGGAGAAAUUCACUUUUGGCUGACUGCCGACGACCAUUUGUUCAAGCAGAACAAAGACCGGGGUGACGCUCACACACAGAUUUACAUUUCACAGCUCUGCCAUUUCCAGAUGCCAGUCUCACCAUUGUAUUUCCAGCAGCAACAAAAAGAGUUGCUGGCACGCGGCUCGCCUGAGGGGCGUAAUCCAUCAUUGCGAAAGAAAGGAGGCACGAGAUGAAUAUAUUCAAAAGGACUUGUGCUCAUUAUUUGAACUUUAAUUUUUUUCCUGCUCUGUGCCACCAGCGUGCAGCUGGAUCUGGCUCUCACGCAUGCAAACGAGCCAAAAGCGAAAAUCUUACAAUUAAUGAGAUGCGUGGCCUCAUAUACCACCGCCGGGAAGCCUUGAAAUUCUGCAUGGGUGGAAAAUAUAUGACAGGGAUGAAUAAAGCUCAUAGACCUUUCAGGUGGAGGCGUGACAAAGUGUGAUUUUGAGUCUGGUAUGAGGACGAACCAACAAACCCUGAUCAGAGGACCUCAGAGUCCAGCUGGAAUUAUACAGCUCUUUAAUAAAAGCAGGUGAUUUGCCGUGCAGAGCUCUUUACACGGUCACAGGAGUCUUAAACUGCAUCCUGACUUUAAUGGGAAGCCCGUGCAAAGACCUGAGUUAAGGUGUGACAAAAGACCUUUUUGGAGGAUCUUGUCAGACCGCCUGGAGGCAGUUUGAAGAAGUGACGCUGAGACAGAAGCAAGAACCGUAGUUUUUCGCUAAAUGCUCGAACUAGGAGGGAACUAAACCAUUACCACCCUGAUCCAGACUCAAAGCCUGGACCGUUUAGAUACUGAGAUUUUGGCAGGUUUUAAAGAAGAAGAUAAGAAACAAAGAUUUCUGACCACGAGAGAAUAAUAAUAAUAAUAAUAAUAAUAAUAAUAAUAAUAAUAAUAAUGCAUCAGAUUUUAUGUAGCACUUUAUCAGAGACCCUCAAAGCGCUUUACAUCGGAUACAUCAUUCAUUUGCACAGUCACACCCCGGUGUUGGUAAACUACCUUAGUAGUCACAGCUGCCCUGGGGCAGACUAAUGGAAACGUGGCUGUGGCAGUGGAGGACACACACUGGGAGCAAGGUGGGUCUAGUGUCUUGCCCAAGGACACAAUGGACAGACUCUGUUUACGGGGGAAACGAACCGCCAACCUUCAAGUUAUUGGACGACCGCUCUACCUCCUGAGAUAAGAACGUCAAUCUGCCAGUGAAGCUUUAUUAAAGUUCACAUGGUCAAAUGUGAUUCAAAGGAAAGACACGUAGAGCUCAGUGUCAUCUGCAUAGAGUGUCUGUGUACAAUACUCCAAUAAAAGCAGGUACGGUGAAACCCACAGAGGACUGAGGACAGAACCCUGAGGGACACCCACAGACUGUGUAAAAAUGGACAGCAUUGGUGAUGUUUGGGAAGCCUAUCGUUGACAGCUGAUGACUCAACCUAACUUUUUGUCGACCAAUCAGAGGCGGGCCUCAACCUCCGUGCAAAUAGCUACAGUGUGCCCACCUGUCAGUCAAGUCAUCCGGUCCUCUGAUUCGCCAGUACCAUGGGAGUCCAGAGCUACUCAGACUAGAACUGUUUUUUGACCCAGGCUUUGAAGUGGUUCAGUGUGAUCGUGGUUCCCUGUGCUUCUGCAGCCAGCCUCAAGCCAACACACUUUUAGCACUUCUGCAUCGGCGUCAUCUCUCAAAACUGGAUGUUGCCGCUUGGGAACACCACAAGACUGAUCCUCUAUCAGUAAAAACGCUCUGCAGUAAAAUGUCCAGCAAGACAGAUAUGAGGAGAAUGACUCCAAUGCCGCUGCAGAGACACCGACCCCAGUGUCUGAGCGUCUGAAUGAAUGCACUGUGCUCCACGGUAUCAAACCCAGAUCCUGCAGAACCAAGGAUGAAACAAGAUGACCCAUGAUAUGCAUGCAAAAUGAUAUGCAAAACACAGUCCGUGAUAACACACUGGACAGAACACUCAAUGGUAUUCGCCUUUCUGCAGUCACCUGCCAAAUAUGUUCAAAAGUUCAGAGGAGAGUUGGAAACAUGGAGGUGAACACUCUGAGAGGCCAAAAGGAAGCCCUGGACUGGGGGAGGACCGGACUACCUCUAGCCUCCUGCUUUUCUGUCCUUUUAUUUUUGCCUCAGUAGUUAGAGGAAAAAGAAAACUCACUGCCCGAGCCGGCACCAUGAAUCAAUCCACCUUAAAUGCCACGAUGAUAACUGAUCAUUUAUCUCUCUUGCAUCCCCUAAACCCUGGUGACAAUCAGAUCUUGAACAGUCUCUCAAUUUCAACCAGAUUAUGCAAACGGAGCUGUUCCGGUCUGCCCCCGGUGGCACUGCUCGUAUAAACAGGACCAGUAAAGCAGAGCAGAGUGCUAGCACCGUUAAUAAAGUCUUUUAUUCUCCUGAAGCGACAUCAAACAGUGAACUUUUUCGGUUUUCCAGCAGCGGGACAGAUUUGUUCCUGUUGACAAAUAUUUCCUUAGCUGUGUGAGAUCAGAGGGAAAGUGCACUUCUUAUUGACUGGCUUCCUCUUUUAAGUCGAGGUGAUUGAAGUUUAAAAAGCCUCUAAUUUUUGCACCUGCUCUGCAUAAAAAAAAAAAAAAAAAAACCCUCUCCCUUCAGAAGUGACAUGUCUGCGUGAAUUCAAUCACCGCUGGAGGAGCGAACAGCUGGAUACCUGCUUUUAAAAGGUGGCACCUAAAAAUGAAAAAAUUAAAACAUUCAAUAAAGUACCUGAAAGUGUUUAUAGUACACUACACGAGUAAAAAACCACAAAAUUCCCUGUGUCGUGCUGGGAAGGUUGUUAACAGCUUGUUAACAGCUUAGUUCAACUUGAGGCAACAGGCUCCGGGGCUCUGCUGAGACUUAGCCGUGACAAGCAGCACUUGGAGUCUGCUAAGAUUAUUUUUAGCCGCGCGGUGCCAUGUGGAAAAAGGGAUGGCUGCAGAAUAUGUUUAUCAAAGCGAGAUGUGGCAUACUUAAGAGAGAGCUUCAAGUCUGGAAAGUUGGAUAUUGUGAACAAUCUCACUUUGAGAAGUGCGAGAAAUCGAUUCCAGGCAAAGCUACAUCCUCACCCUCUCUUUCUCUCUCUCUCUCUCUCUCUCUCUCUCUCUGUCUGUCUGUCUCCCCUGCUGAGGGUCAGAGGAAAAUAACACCACAAACAUGCAGGAUUUGUACACGUUGGGUCUCACACAGAGCAGAGUCCCCAUCUUAAAUCCCACCUAAGUCGUAAGGAUAUCCUGCUCUAAGUCUCACAUAUUGCUCUGUUGCUUACCUGGUAAAACCAGCCAAUAUGAGAUCUUUAUUACAGGGACCUCUCCCCCCUCCUGUUUUACGAGUGUCUUAGAUUCAGUCUCUCUCUCUGUCGCUGUCACUGCUCUUUCUCUGCCUUUUCUCCCUCUAAGCGGUGAUUGAAUGCUGAAUGACAUUAAUAGCGAUAUGUCUGCAGUACCCGGUGUCUGGCACUGUCAUCACGUCUUUGUUCCAUCGCCACUAAGACAAAUUCCUGCACAUUUAUUAUUUCGAAGCGUGCACAAAGAGAGCUGAUCCUGUGCUUUCCUCCUCUCCGCCCGCAGGUUCCUGCCAUCUCAUUGGCUUACGAGACCGCUGAGAGCGACAUUAUGAAGCGCCAGCCGAGGAACCCGAAAACAGACAAGCUGGUCAAUGAACGCCUCAUCAGCAUGGCCUAUGGGCAGAUAGGUUUGUCCUCCUGUGGCUCGUAAUCACUUUUACUAGUGCUCUCUCUGUGAAAGGCCUCUAGUCGUAAAGCCGGGCCUUUAAUAAAUAACACCGGCAUGAAAACAUUAAAUAUUGACAUUUAUCAGCAGAUCUGGCAUUUCUUGCUGCCUUUGGAAAUGUUUGGGUACGCUCCGCUAAGAAAAAUAGAUCCAGAGGUGAGAAGAGAGUCAGACCGAGUCCCAGAAUUUCCUUCUAAUUGUCAUGACAUUUACAGCAAAUUGAGAGCAGAGAGUGCAACUCUUCCCUACUUAAUCUUGGUCAUGUUCACUUGUUGGAACCUCACUUGAAUGCCUGCUUUUUAUCUCUGGUUUUUUAUGGUUGGGGAAUAGUGAAAAUCAAAGGCUGGCCCAAUUUCAUAAGCUGUUAAAUGGGUCAGAAUAUGACAGGGCUUCAUUGGAUGACACAGUGUAAAGCUGAACACGCCGAAAACAGCCGGCGACUCCAUGAUUCUGCCAAGAUGAGCAACACCAGGUCAGAACUUUUACAGGUCACGUCGAGUCACAUUUACAGAGCGCUGUUCUGGCACAUUACCCACAAUCCCGAGGCAACAACGGUGAAGAUUUAGAGCCACAAGAGAGUGAAGUUUCCAACAGCAGCGGACAGAAAACAGAUGUAAACAGUCUUCCUAUAAUUUAAAGGAUGUUAUUACUUCACUUAACCCUCUUUUAAACUGAGUUUACAUUAAAGGUCCUAUUGUAGAUUUGGCUGCAUGCCGGCGCUUAAGCAUGCUGCGCAAAUGUCAUCUUUGUUCUCCACCAGCACUCAUGCUGUGUAAAUAGUGAAUGGACGUCAGUAGUUCUGAAAGUGUUGGUCUUAAAAUGUGCACCCUGCUAUCUUGAGAACUAAGAAGCGUCGACCCCGUAGGCCAACAGAAGUCUCAAGUCUAUAGUCUUCAUAUUUCAAGGACACGUCAGAGAGAUAACAGGACGGGCAAAACAUCCAUGUCCUGUCAGCAUCCAUGUCCAACAGUUUAACCAGAGCCGACCCAAGCCUCAAUGGGUCCCUAAGCAAAAUCUUAUUUUGGGGCCCUCUAUUUCUGCCGAUAAUAUUGAUUGUUGAUCAUUCACACACCUUCACAAAUCUCUUUGAUCAACGUUCCAUGACAUGCAAACAUACUUUUAUCUUGGCGUUUUUUUCUCCUUCCUAUUUCUUUUCUCUGCUCCUGAAGGAUAUGCACAUUGCACAGCAGGAGGCACAUAACGGUAGCAAAGCUUUUACAUAUCGGCAGUAAGAAUCAUAGACCUACAUCAGCAACAGCACUAAAUUUUUUUUACUUUAUUUUAUUUUAACAAUAAUAUAUACUUGAUCAUACAGAAAGCAGCACUCAUACAUGCAAAGAAUAAAAAAAAAUUAAAAUAUUUUUUUGUUGUUCUUGGGAAAAACUUCACACAUAUGGCAGCUUUUUGUCCUCAAAGGCCACCAUAUCUUCUCUAACAGAAAGGGUGAGCAAGGUAGCUCAAUAUUUCCUUCUGUUCCCAACUACUGAACAUUUAGCUAAGGUCCUAAAUCUUUGGCAGCUACAGGCUUUGUGAUUUUCCCAGCAGAAAACAUCUAUCUGUUAAAUCUCUAGAUUAUGCACGACACUAUUACCUCCCUUACCUGUCGCAAACAAGGUAAAAUGUACUAAUCCCUCUGAACCUCCUGCGGCUGAUCUUUUCAGAGUCUGUCUAGAAUAAAAAAACCUUGAAAAUAAAACGAACAAAGUCUGUUCAGGUUGUGCAGAAUAUGAGAUUAUCAAACAUUGAAAGAUGCUGCAGAAAUAUCAGUACAAGCUCAGUGUUUCUAUCGCAGAUCAAACUGUUAAAAUGCAACCUUUUGCGCUUGAAAAUAAGCUUUUAUUUUGAAAGGGUCUUGACUUUAGACAUUCAACUUUUAGACAUUCAGUGACAUGCUUUAAGGUAGACGAGUCCUCAGAAUAUAAAGGGUUAACAUCCAUUAGUGGUUCAGGUUCUUCUUCAUUUGCUGCGGAUUAAUAAAAGUCGUCUCAGUCCUGGUUCAGCACUUGUGGAGGUUCGCCAAACGCAAAGACUAAAGCUCCAGAAUAAGACGUCCAUCACUCUGAAACGUUCCGCCCACUCUGACAAAACAAAUUUCCCAACAUGGAAUUAAAACUCACUAGGGGCUGUUAUUGCCGUCCUCAGCUGUCUGGAAGCAUUUACUUAGAGAACAGCAGGAACAUUGAAGAGAAGAGAGCGAGGGGAGAAGAUCUAAUCACCUGUGCUGUUUCCUUUUUAAUUAAGUGACAAAAUACAGUCAGUUUAUUUGUCUCCUUUUGAUUUAAUUCCUGAAAAGAAGUGAUAGAAAAAUAUUGUACCAUCAGUAUUAUAACUGCCACUGCUUGUCAGAAGAGCUCUUGUGCAAAGACACCCAUUAUCUAUAAUUUCUGUUAUUUUGCUUCUUGUUCUGUCAAAACAUUGCUCCAGUGAAAUCUAACGCAGUGAUACACACACUUUACACAAUGGAUUUGUAAACAUCCGUCUGUUACAGAGGCUUUAUAUCCUCAAUAAUUUAUACUCGGGUCCAUGAGAUGAUUGGUUUAAACUGUUCGAGUGUCUUUAAAGAAAACAAAACAGGAGGUCACGGUAAAAUCCUGUAAAAUCUGCAGUUUAACUCAGACAAGUAUUCAGUUUAACAGAUGAAUAAACAGUAAAUGAGUACACAGAUGUUAGGCCUCUCAAAUUGCUUUUAGCCACACAUUAAAUUCAUGUUUAUACAGCGAUGGUAGAAGAUGAUAUGAUGCACUCACACACCAGUGGCUGCACCCUUCAGGAGCAUUUCAGGGCUCAGUAGCUGCAUUAACAUGGACACAAAUAAUCCAAAUAACAAUGCGUCAUGUAAACAUGUUGACCGGAAGAUUCUGAUCCAAUUCAGCUCAAUCGGAAAGAAAUUGGGUUCCACUUGAGAGGGGUGGUUUAUGCCGAUCGUUAUUCUGAAACAUCGUCCGUGUAAACACUAAAUCCGAUCAUGACUCUUUAACCUGACUCUGCAACCUUUGACAGAACGGUAUAAUAUGUAAAUGAGGGCGCCCUCUAGUGACAACAUUUAACAGGGGGAAAACUCCUGAAGUGGAUGGAGUGAGCCACUACUGCGUUUGUUGACAGCACAGGUGGAAAUACAACUCUUCAUCUGCGGUUGUUUUAGUGAAAUUAGACAACUCAGCGCAUGUCCGAAUGCUUCUAAUCUGAAUAAAGCUUGGUGCACGUAAACCAACGUCAUGAUUGGAUUAUUUGAUUUUGCGCCCAUAAAAAUAGUGGAUUUAUAUUUUCCGAUCCCUCAAAUUUUUAAUCGGAUGUAGAAACUUUGCCCAUGAAAACAUGGCAACUGUCUCGCCAGAAAUGAAGCUUAUGAAUGAAAGAGGACAGACUCCAUCAAUGAACCUCGGCUCUUAAUAAAAUCAGCAGUUUUACCUACUUAAUCUGAUGAAUUCUGUGUUUUUAUUCUUUAAUUUGCUCUAAAUUUCACAGCCUAAAAAUACUAAAUGCUGAUCUGAAUGAAAACACGAUCACAGAGUUUUUCUCCGUCUCCAGGAAUGAUCCAAGCUCUCGGUGGUUUCUUCACCUACUUUGUGAUUUUGGCUGAGAACGGCUUCCCUCCAGCCUCCUUAGUGGGCAUCCGCAUCAACUGGGACCACCGUGAUGUCAAUGACCUGGAGGACGCCUAUGGGCAGCAGUGGGUAAGGAGUGAGACAUACAGGAUUCAUAACAGCAGACCUCCUGAUAUAUUCCUUUUAUAAUGUAUGAUGUGUGUGUUUUCACCCGGCAGACCUAUGAGCAGAGGAAGAUCGUCGAGUUCACCUGCCACACCUCCUUCUUUGUCAGCAUCGUGGUCGUCCAGUGGGCCGAUCUGAUCAUCUGCAAGACCAGGAGGAACUCUCUGUUCCAGCAAGGCAUGAAGUAAGAUGUUAGACGGAUCGUUAUAGAGAUUACUGUCAUGAUUGUGACGUUUUAAAGGUUUUCUUAAUUAUCUCAACUCUCUCCUUUCUGUCCCACAGGAACAGGAUCCUGAUUUUCGGCUUGUUUGUGGAGACGGCUCUGGCUGCCUUCCUCUCCUACUGCCCUGGAAUGGACGUGGCUUUGCGCAUGUACCCCCUGAAGUACGCUCUGCAUAUGCAUGUCUCCACUGAACCAUAAAAUAACCUCUUAAGGACCUAAUAGGCCGCCAUUAGCCUGUCACUCCGGACUUUAAAUGAAGUCUGUGAUCUUCUUAAACACCACCCUGUUAUCCUUAAUAUUCAAAAAUGGCUGCAAUGAAUUUAACAAUUUGACUGUGACUCACACUGCAACUCUAUCCAUCCCCACCCCUUUUAUACUCUUCCUCUCAGGACCCUGUGGUGGUUCUGUGCCUUCCCAUACAGUCUUCUCAUCUUCGUUUAUGAUGAGGUCCGUAAAUUCAUUCUGAGGAGGAGCCCUGGAGGUAAGCGCGUAUUAAGAGAAGCCCAGAUUAAAAGGUUUCAACCCUCUUUGUCUUGUUAAUAAGCAGGAAGAGAAAAAAAAAAUACCAGGUGAUGGUGAAGUGAUUGACACGCCUAUCUCAGGAAGCACAUGUACCAGACCCUUCCUACCAUCCUCUCUCAGCCGUCUGUCCUUGUUAAAAGGAAGAGAAAAAAAAAAACCUUAAAGUUGACUGUCUGCUCCGUUGAGGACGCGCUGAUUGACAAAGUCGCCACAGCUCCGCUCUCCAGGCGUGACCUGGAGGAUCCCCCAGAGUAUUUGACAGAUAGAGACACGAAGGGAAAGAUCAAGUUCAAUGUCAGACCAAAAAUAAAGGUUAGACGGCAAAUUAAAUCUCAUUUUUAAUUAGCUUACCAGUUUUCAUAGAAAUGCUGAACACCAGAUGAGUACAGAUGUCUAAUCAGUGAGCUUUGGUGAACUCUGAUAGAACACAAUAUGAUGGUUUCUUAUACGACAUGGCUCGAUAUGGUAUGAGGCAUUUGAUUAGACACACAACUACAUGAUAUGAUGAAAUCUGAAAAUACAACAUACAAGACUGAAGAUGUGACAUGAAACCAGAGAAUACAAUAUGAUUUCACACAACAUGGUGCAGUGCUGUAUGAUACAACCUUCAAUAACAUACUGUAAUACAAUACAAAAUGACAACGUAUGAAAACAUGAUAUAUAGUAUCUAAAAACAUGAUAUAGUGUGAUUUAAAAUGAAUAAAUAAGACGAUACAACAGGUAACAGUAUAAUUCAAUACAACAUGGUGUAACACUGUAUGUUGAGAGAAUACUGAGGUCGCUUUCACACCAGAGCUGUUUCGUCGCUUUAAACGGACCAGAGUUCGUUUCCUCGGAUAGUCAGCUUCAUUUGGGCAGGUGUGAAAGCUCACAAUACAAUACAAUAUAGAAUAAUAUGAUACAAUACAGUAUGACAUCAUAAUACAAUACAAUACUGUAAAAUAUGAAAAGAUACUUUACAGUGAGACAUAACACAGUACAAUAUAAUACAAUACAAAUGGUAUGAUACAUUAUGAUUAGAUACAACAGAAAGUAGUAUAAUCUAGUGUGAUAUGAUGUAGUUUGAUAUAAUGUAUCACAGUUUGGUUUGAUACUGUUUAUUAUUGUAUGAUAGAAUGCAAUACAAUGAUACAAUAUAAUGCAAUGUGACAUGAUACAUUAUGAUAGAUACCAAUGCACUAUGAAUGAUAUGAUACUAAAUGAUACAAAACAGUUAAAUUUGUUAUUACAGGAUAUAUUAGAUAUGAUAUAAAGUGAUACUAAACAGUUCAAAUUAGUACACAGUGUGAUUUGACUCAACAGGACAAACAUUAGAGUAUCUGAGAGGACACUUACUGUAAAUCAGGAUCUAAAAUAAUAACUAUCACACUCUGCUUAUAUUCUGUGUGCACUAAACUGUGUUUCUUAUUCCUAUAAAAAUCAUAAUUAACUCUUGUUUCAAUGACAAAAGAGACUUAAAGCUGCAUCUAUCGCGGUGCAGCUGCAAACUCUCAGGCAUCCCACAAUCCACCUAAUGUCGAACAAUCCUCAUGUGUUCAGAGCUGCAGCCUCAGCAACACUUGACUGAUUACUGCUUGUCUUCCAGGUUUGAUUUCUGACAAAAUAGCAUGUAAAUGUCCUGCUGUCUGGCAGUUUGCGCGGUAAUUCCAUUUGAUAAAUAGAGCAUAAAACGGUGACGAACACGCAUCACCACUGGAAUCUAAUCUGAUGUGAUUUUUAGGGCCAAGAGCUGCAGCUGCACGGGUGUCAACCAGAGCCCUCUGUAAACACAUCUCCAUAUAUUUAAGCUGAAAUCACAAGAUUUUGUCCCAUUUUGUUGAUAGACAGAGAGGGAGAAAUGAAUUCUUCCAACAAUACAGGGACUGAUAAUAAAACUUUGAUCAUUUCAGUGAGUCGUACAAGUCCUUGGGUUAAACUGAUGGCUUGUCCGCAGACCCUGCAAACCCCCAGUGUUGCACAUAGCGCAGUUUAGGAAACACCUGCUCCUUGAAUCUGAUUAAAACCAAUUUGAGCAGAGAAUCCAGCGUCACUGUUCACAUGAGCGCAAAUAAAAAGACCUGAUUAAGGCUUCAAGCUUUCGAUCAGAGUGAAAACAUUUUUACUCGCACAGAGUUGUUCUGCCGGUCUGAUGUGCCAAAAUAACAGAAAUGUUGUGAACAAACAUCAUCGUACACAUUGUGUUUCAGAUUAAAUGAAAAGUGCAGUGUGUGUUAUUUCCCAGCAUUUGGCAGAACCCGGCAGAGCGGGCACACCUGGCUCUUAAAGGGAAGAGAGCAGACACACUGAUUGGUUUGAUUCAUUUUACGCUCAAAUCACAACUUGGCAUAAUGAAGGGACUUUAUUCACCCUCUUUGCGCCCCGAGCUUGGAUUGUGUGCCACUUAACUAGCAAAAUGUGAUGCUAAUGCAAGGAGAGAGAGAGUGGGGAGUGACAUAAGGGACAGGAGCCACAGACUGGAGGCAAAACCUGGGCUGGUCCCUUAAAGGUGGGGUAGUCAGGAUCUGAGGAAGUUCCAGUUUUUAGGAGAAAUCUUGAAUGUAAACUCUACCCCUCCCGACCAGUUUUCCCCUCAGCUCCUCCUCCUUGCUCCAGCAAGCCCCGCCCACAAACAGACGCUCCUGCUCGCUCGUAUCGUUCCAAUUAAAUUCAGAUAUAAUGCAGAUAAAUACUUCAGAUAAUUACAAAUGGGGCCCAAAAUGGGUUUGUUAGGAGAGAAGACGCUUUUGCGAGUUGAAGCUGAGUUAUGAGGAGCUUGUCCUUGAAGGCCACCGUAGCUUGUGGAGCUUCACCAGAGGAGGGGUGAGCAAGGGAGCGUUUUAAACAAGAUAGGACCACUGGACAUGGCUUUACUUUUAAAGUUUUUAUAUCUGCAGGAAAAAAAGUUGACUCGCUCCCACAAUAUUUCUCAACCGGUAAUGUCGGGUCAAGCGUUUACAUGGAAACUGAUUCAAAAUAACAACGGCAAACACCACCCAUCUUGGAUGGAGGGAAAUUACACCACUUUUCUCUGACUGAGGUUUUUACGUGAUUUUUAUUUUGAUCAGGCUAUCGGUGUUUCGUGUAAACCCUCUCAAUGGUCUAUUAUGGACACAUUUAAUGAUUCUCCUCUCGUGCUGAAGAUAAAAAUCUAUAACAGUAUAGAGCAGGAGGAAUGUCUAACAUGAAGCCAGCAGUCUGUAUAACCUCUGACAGAUCAGAGAACACGUGUAACACUUGCACCAGAAAAUAGACCACACCUGUCCGACAACAGCAGAAGGAGCAGCGAAUGAUGAGAGAGGAAAUGAAACCAGGGGCUGAUGAAGACUCUCCAGAUCCGCCCCAGAGAUCCUCCACAUGAUACAGCUACACUACAAUAGCUCCGAACCUGCUCUCUGCCACAACGCUUCAGCUGCGAGGAGCGAGACACAGAGAGACAAAUACAAUUUAUCGUGACAGUUAAUCAUUUCUGUUAAUCUGUGUGACACGGGUGGCUGAUCAAAGUCUUCGGAGUUAUAAGGGGAUUCAUUUGGAAAUGUACAGAGACAAAGGCAAUGAGAUGAAUACAAAUAGACCGAAACAAAAAGGAUUUUAUGAAAUCUGCUCGCCUGUCAUUUCGGUCUCUGACACUUUCCCCUCUCUCUGUCUCUUUCUCUCUUCCAGGUUGGGUGGAGCAGGAGACAUAUUAUUAACAUUCAGAAAAUGUCAGUUUGAAUUGUGGCUCUGUGAUUGUAUGUGUGUGUGUGCGCGUGCGUGUGUGUGUGGAUGUGUGCAUGUAUCCUUGUGUGCCUGCAAGAGAGAGUGGAUUCGUGUGUGUGUGUGUGUCUGUCAGUUGUAAUAUUGCAUGGAUCAGUUCACAAAUCUGAUUAUCAUAAGAGUACUGCUGAAAAUAGGCUUUUGAUUGUGCUUUGAGUUUUUCCCUCUUUGUUUUCUUCUGAAAACAUUUCCAGCAGAACCGCGGUAUUGUACACCCAUGUGCCUUAUGUCAACUGUUAUCUCAGUGAUGUACCCUGGCCUGUUUGGCUGUAGAGUUACGCCAAAUGUGAAAUGUACCAAAUAAAAUGUAUUCCAAAACA